GCCUAGCAGAGAGCAGCUCAUUGCAGGGAUAGGAACUGGAGCUACAAGGAGCAGGUUUCCCUCUCCUCCUGAGCAGAGACCCCAUCCCAUACCCAGGAGUUUAUUAUACAGCAAGGAGCAGUGCCAACUGGUGCUGGGUCACCUGGAGACAUGACUGACACUAUACUUCCAAUGGAUCCCAAGGGCAAAGACCAGGGCUACUUCAGGAAGGUAGGUGAAAACUCAUCGCUUGCUCUGACUGGGGCAGGUGUUGCUGGGCUGGUUAUAACAAACUCUCUGUUAGUAAUAAUGUAGUGCUGUGAUAUAUUAAUAAAUAGUCAGCGGUUUACAGAAUGCUGGACUAGUGUUACUGACACAGUGUAUCAGAGCAGGUAGGAGAGUCUGUGGGGAAACAGAGUAUGGGGGAAUCAUACGCUUUGUGUACAAGCUUGUAAUGUAUAGGGAAGGAGAGUUAGCUGCCAUCCUGGGUAUAAAGAUAGCAUGGUGAGCAGCUACGUACAAGGUAUAGAGAGAGCUCGCCUUACAAGCUGACAAUCUAUUGUACAGGUGACAUGCAAAGUAUAGGAAGAUCCCUAUUAUAGCCUUGCAGUCUGUUAUACAGGGAUUGGGCCGGUGACAUAUAGGCUAUAAAUAGAGCCUUGCUGGCAACCAUACAAUCUGUGGUAGAUGGCAAGUACAGGGUAUAGAGAGAUCUCUCCUUACAAGCUGACAAUCUAUUUUACAGGUGUGGGGACAGGUGACUUAAAGGGUAUAGAAAUGUCCCUAUUAUAAGCUUGCAAUAUGUUGUACAGGGAAAAGGACAGGUGACACAGGUUAUACAGAGAGCUCACUAUCUAGAGAUGGGGGAGGUGAACACAAUGUAUAGACAGUGUUUGGCUAAUAAGCUUACGAUCUACAUGGAUUGGUAAAAUGACAUACAAGUUAUAGAGAGAUCCCUGAUAUGAAACAUCAAGCAUUUAAUCUAAAUAGAGUCCUAUUCACAAGAUUACAGUUUAGAGAUUGAGGGGAAGGUAGAACACAAGGUACAGUGAGACCUGCUCAAAUCACUGAGCAGGUGACACCCUAUUUAUAGAUAUGGUUGUCCUCUGAAGCUUAUGUUUUUCCAUUAAUCUAGAAACUGUUUGUGGACAUAUACAUUGCAGGAGAGCAGAGAGGGGAUUGAGCAGUUUGCAGGGUUCUGUAAAUUAGGGGUGCUAUCAAUAGAGGAUUAGUGUGUGGGCUUCUUGGGAGAGUUGUUCCCUUAUCAAUGUGAAAAAAAUAAAUCUGUGAUCUUAUCUAGAACAAUCUAAAAAAAUGGACAUUUUCUGCCAAGUCUUCAUAAUUUGUGCAAAGGGGAUCUAAUGCCUGGGGGGAUAGAAGGGGUGGGGUACGGGCAAUUAUAAAAGGUUAUGGCAUGCCUAGGUGAGGCUCCUGUCACUUGGGGGAAUUUGUUGUAUUUUUAGACAAGCUAUUCGACUUUAUUUAGUAACUACAGGACACAUUAGCAAGGUUCCUUAUUCUAAUAUACGGAUAAAUUUUAAACAAAUACAAUAUUUGUUUAAAGCUAACAAAAUGAUCCGUGUGACUUUAUUUAGCUAUACAUCUAAUGAUCAGUGGCUUACAGGGGUUCAAGGAAAGGGGGCACCUGCUUGUCAAAAUUUAGUCUUUAGAACGCCCAUUAACCAGGGUCACUCUGUCACUUGCAGAUUAAACCCCGGUCACACCUGCGUUGGUGACUCAUGUUGAUAUCACCGUUUUCAUGGUCACUUUAAAACGUGGCGGCUGCUGAUGUUGAUUUAUGCAGAAUGGGUUAUGUAGAAUGUUGUCUUCUGGAUAUGUCAUGGGGUGUAACAUCCUAAUUUAGUAUAUUGGUACACAGUUAUUAAUAGUUUAUAGAGGGGUGGGAUGUAAACUGUAAGCAUUAAUUGAAAUCCAAUAACAACUGUAUUACUCACUACAGACACUUCUAUCCUAUCCUAUUCUAAAAAAAAACCUCAACCCGUAGUGUAAUUUUACACAAUGGUGUGGAUCUAUAUCUAGCAGUCCAUCAAGUAAGCCAUCUGGACUGUCGAUGUGGCGAUGUAAAAAAAUAAGGAAUUAGGCUGGGGUCUUCUCUUUUGGGUAUUUUUUUUUUUUUUUUUUUGGAGAUCCCAAUAUAAUAUUCCACAGGGACUAGACACGCAACGUGUCUGAGUCUUCAAUGUGUCAUAUACAGCUUAGUAUGGUCAAUUGUAGGCGUUCACAACUUUUUGAUACCAAAUCUUCUUAGACAACUUGCUAAAUAUCAUAGAAUUCUGGCCAAGAUUGGACAUACAUAUGAUCUAUAGCGUCUUUUAAAUAUUGUCACUUAAUAUCAAGACAUAUUGUAGUCAUUGAUUAGAAGGAUUGCAACAGUCUUGAUGAUCAUUUUCUGAAAUCUAUUUUUCCUUCAUUUAUGCCCCUUCAAAGGACUGCUCUCUUAUUGAUUUCAUUGGCCAAAUGUGCCAAUAUGGCACUCUUCAAAUCAGGCCAGCGCAUCUUAUUUAUAUUAAUCCUAAUAAAGCUUUUGAAGAACAAAUUAAUCAUCAGAUGUGAACGUUGGUGUUUUAUUUAUUUCUUUCAAGGUAAAGGAAGCUUUUAACCUAAUCGGCAGAUUUGGGAUAGUUCAUUGAAAGGGCUGUUUGUACGCCAUACAUGAAAGAUUUGACGCGUUUUUUUCUGACAGUGCUGUAAAGCUUUUACUGCCUUUUGAAGAUCCAUUAAACAUGUUAUGCAUUUGAUCUUACUCAGAUGGAUUUCAAUAUUAAACUAAAAACACCUCCUAUCCGUGCGCACAAAUGCCUGACGGUCAGGAGAAAGGAGCGUUCAGCUUUGGUUUAACCCUUGACACUGCCAGAAUGUGGUUUAUUGACUAAACUCUUGAAGUCAAGGCGAUGGUUGUCCUGCUUUUAAUUGAAAACUGCCCAAGUGAAAUUCAAAUUUUAGGCCAAACAGUCAACAUAUAAACUUAGCUGACUUAGAGAAUUUCUUUGCUAAUUGUGGCAAACAAUUUGAAUCUCAAAUUGAAUUUCUGAAAAUUUACAAUUUAGUGAAUAACCCUGUCAGUUAAGCCAGUUCUCAGUUAAAAGCAGAAAAAAUCUCAGUGCUAAAUGCAUGUAAAUUCAAGUGUUAAACUUAACUCACUUAGCUGAAGGGACUCGGCAAAAUCCAGUGAAAAGUGGUUAAGCCUGGGUAAACUUGUAUCCAACUUGGAUGCGGUGGGUUGGGACCCAACAAAGGCAGCCUCACAACAGAUAAAUCCACUAAUGAUUUUUUGUUUACAUUAACCACUUACAUGCCAGUGGGUCCUACAUUUUGCAAGUCUGUGGUCAGCUUACUGUUUAGUGUGUAAACAACCUAAGACCAGGCGCUGUGUGCCACCCACCCCCUGUGCUGUCCACGUUAAUUCUGAAUAAACUACUUUGAAGUAUGGGCCUUUGGUUUGAGUUAAAGUUUAAUCAUUCAGUGUUCUGGUCAUGAAAGGGUAAAUAAAAGUUGCAUUAACAAAGUGCCACUUCAGACGGGAAGUGCCCCAGAGUCAGUCGCCACAUUUAUUAGAAGAGGCUGGGCAUUGUUCCAUCGCCCUAAGAACAGUGCAAAACACUUGAAAUUCUAAUGGUGCAUGCAUGUCUCUGUUGACAAAAUAAAAGCCCAUUUUUUAUUGGAUUGGUUUAGUGACACCAGCAAUAGGCUACAUGUUAUGAUCCACCUGCUGGGCACUGCCUGGCUGACACAGGAUCAUGGGAGUUAGAGCAGCUGAUAUGUUAGCCGCCAACCCAUGUGCUAGGUAGGGGGUUGCCUGCGUUUGUUCUAUAGGUGUGCAACAAAUAGAAUAGGAUGCAUUGUAGCUCUCACAGGGGAACAUUAGCUCAACACAAGGGGGGCAGCUUCAAAGGCUAAUGGCAAAAAGGGGCAUUCUUUGUUUCCAUGGAAACAGGCCAUGGCUAACAUGGGGCCCCAGUACUGUCAGGUUACACAGAAGGGGCCAUACAGUAAGUCUGCAUAUCUGAGACCUCGCAAUAUCUAAUUGCAUAUCUAAUUGCACUCCGUUUUAUAUUUACCGCCAAGAAGUGGGACUUCUGAUAGCGACAUUUUACCAAUAAUGCCCUUACAGACUUUACUGAGCGUUGAAAUAAUUCAAAAAUUUAUGUUUCUGGAAUUCUUAGAGUAUUAAAAAUAAAAACUAAAGUGUCUAAAAAAUUGUUAUUUACUAAAGUGUGUUUUUUUUUUUUUUGUUUGUUUUUUUUUUGGUCGUGGCGGGGGGUGGGGGUUAAGAGUUUUCAGUUCAGCUAAUCUGUUCUAAAAGUAUAAAAUUCACUUUGAAUUCCCAUACCCAUCACAUUUUAGUGAACAACCUUAAACCAUUUUCAUGCAUAAAUUUAUUAACAAUGUGGCUGUCAAAGUGUGGAAAUGCAAUGUUAUGCUCUUUAAAGUGACACUGUGGGGCUUAUUCCUUUACCAAUGAAUUAUAGUGAAUUGGAAGCACAACCGCAACAUUUAUUCUAAAACAGCCAGGCUGUGACUGACUGUAGCAGGGCUGGCGAGUUUUUCUAAAACAUCUAUGUUUGCCUAAAUUUUGUAAUUUGCUUUUCAAAUCACUGUAAUUAACUGUUUAGUGAAUAAACCCCAAUUGUCAACCUUCAUCCCCAAGCUCCUACUUGGUAUAUGCAAAAUGGCUGCAGUGUCCGGCCUACACAGGCAUGUGAAGCCUUUAUUAGAUUUUCAUUGGUAGUUUUCCAGGGAUGGUAAAUCCUUAACACUAGAAGCUAUGGCUUGUGCAGGUUAAUGGACUGAAGUAAGUUAAAGAAAACAAAAAAAAAAGAAGAAAGAAAGUGAAUUCGCUCCUUUUAAUCUCCUCCAACUCCGUCUCCAGAUCUUGCAAUUCAGGUUCAACUAGUCUUGUAGGUCUUUUCCUUUUUAUGUAAUGAUUCUCUUUGACAUCUCACUUACUGUUUUGAAUCAGAGUUAACCCUUUUUGUUUCAAACUGCACUAAGCCAGCUUCUCUGGACUACCACCCCCAGGUUGCUCAGCCAGCCAGAAAAACUGUAUAGGUGUGUGGCGGCCUACCUUUGUAAGACAAUUUGAGUGUUAAGCAUUGACUGUUUUAGAAAAAAAUAAAAUAAAAGCAAGGCCCUGGUGAAAAGAGGGUUAGUAUGCUAAGACUAUAUAAACAUUAUUGCUUUGUAUAGAACUUAUUUUUUUUUAAACAAUGCCCUCUAUAAACUUUUUAUACGUUAAUAUAAGUAAACCUAUUAUAAGAUUUUAUUUAUAACAGUUUUAUUGAACGUAGCAGCCUCUCCUAGUUCCUGCAAUGAUGUCUAAUGAUUUUAUCAUUAUAAACAAUAUAAAACACAUUUUGGUUUACACAUAAAUAGAACUUUGUUGGCUUAGACAUUGCAAACCCUUUAAGUACGUAAAGAGAACACGACUUGUAAAUCUCAAGAGUCAAAGAGCCCAAGUUCUAAAAAUGUUAGAACAUUUUGGUAAAAUCUACCCUUUAUUACUAUGCAUAUACGUCUAUUGAUUUCAUUCUUUACUGACCUCCUGAAACUAUGGUAUGUUUAACUCCAAAAUAAAUGCAUAAAUUCAUUGGGCUAUCUAAAUAUUCUAUUUGGCUCUUAAAAUGUGCAGUUUGACGCCUACAGGGAUCCAUCUCUUUAAUAGCCAACUAAAACAUUUGGCUUCUAAAAUUCUCCGCUAUCCUUCUAGACUUCUAAAACCAUCCAAUUUGACUCCUAAAAUCCUGCUAACAUCAUUCCGUUUGUAUGUUCGGUUAUAUCUCCUUAUGGGUCUACAUUCCUUUUGUUUAAUACACAGAUAUAGCUAGCUGGAAUACUAAAACUCCCAUUUUACUCUUAAAAUUAUGUAUCUCAUUAGUGACCAACCCUGUCUGCGACUUCUUUUAUUUUGGUAUCCGGACAACAACAGUCCAGUGGUUUUCUCUCAGAAGAUUGAAGAUCAUUGCAUUAGCAACCUACUUAAGCAGUAAACAAAGGGGGUUAUCAGUAACGUUCAGCUGCAUUUUUACCUGUUUCCCUUCCUGUUGUGCAUCCCAAACAGAGAUGCUAAGUGUCCUUAGUUAAACAAUCAUCCCUUUAUUUUCUUGUCUAAAGAGCCAGCAGGACUGUCUAUACCUAUUGUGGGAGCUGACUGACCUACUGGGCUAUUAGGAUUUUAAUGAUUUCUGGCACGCUGGGUGGUCACUUGCCACUCACAGAGGCUUUGAUCUCUGCAGAACCACUAGGGAGUUACAAGUCCCAGUGCUGCUUGUUUUCUGUUAGGAAUUGUUUAAUUGAUCCAGUAGGAAUCCUCAAGAACCUGAGGUAUAUAGCAUUCACAUGCUCUCGCAGCAUAUGAAUGCUAUAUUCUACGGGGCAGCACCAGUCUAAGGUGAAAUGAUAUCAGUUUAGGAUAACAUGUUUAGUCUUGUACUUCUCCUUCAGCCAUAGCAAAACAUUUUAAGAUGUGAUUUUACAGCAGUGCAGGUAUUUACAAAUCCAAGUUAGCUGUGUUUUAGUUUUUUAUUAUAUUGAGAAAUUGGAAAGGGAAUUGCAAUUUUUGGGGGCCAAAGUAGCCUGAUCAUCUGUUUUUCCAAAUCAGUACUCCUCAAUUCUCCACAAAUUCUCAGUUUUUUUGAAUAACCCAUGCGGUAUAAAUCUGGAUUCACUUUUCUGUUAGCAUUAUCUGUGAUCACGAAUACAAAUGACACGUUAACUACUUAUAAUGGGACGUGCGUACAAAAUUCAGCCGUAUUACCUUCGCCUACGUGCAGUAAAAAUGUUAAAGGCUGCGAUCUUACUCGACUUGGAGAAAAUAGCUCAUUUACAUGAUUACUUUAUGGAGCAUUAAGUAACAAGUACAAAUGAUUCAUAUUGUGGAAUAAUGGCAAGUCAUGCACAUGUUGCUGUAGUGAGUGCUGUCUUGUGCUGUACACAGAGAGGCUGUACACUUGCAAACCAGCAUCCAUUGCCUCUGGGUCAAUGUGCGUGCUAAUAUUGUGUGCCACACACUGUCUGGUCUUGGGAGUGAGCAAGUAAAAAUGGUGUUUCAAACACUUAAAGGGACGGUAAAGUAAAUGUCACAAACCAUAAAAGAAGGGAUUUACAGGAGUGGACGAAGAGGUCUAAGGAAAAGAGUUAAAAAUUGAAUGCACCACAAGAGGGGUCUAAGUAAGUGGAAGUGAGAUUAGAUAAAAGCUGAAAUCUUGAACCAAUUCUCUCCAGGUGUUGCACAGCUGGGGAUGAUAUAUCUCAAUAGGACAAUCCACAAACACAUGAACGCUGGUUGAAGGAUUAACGUGAGCCUAAGUACUGCCCCAAUCUGUAUUGUAUGCCAAGAUGUGCAGAUCUGAAACCAUCACAUUCACAUCCAGGAAAGCACAAAGCUUCUUUUCAUCAUAAGGAGCACAUGCCGAGCAAAAUGUUUAUCAAACAAUCCUAUUCUGAUGAACACAUAUGAUUACAUGAACAUUUAUGUUACGAUCUGAAUGUUGCAGUCUAACCUGGAAGGGGACGUACAUGGACUAAUGUCAACCAUUAGCAUUACUACACAAUCUUCAUUCUCAAAGAUAUUAUUCAAUAAAAGACAUCUGCUCGCAGGCAGAUCUGUGUAUUCAUAGUAGCCAAGUUCUUCCACAUAGAAUCAAGAGCUCCACCUAGUACAAAUUGCCGGUUCUAAUCACUUAGGUCUCCUCGUUGAGUAGGUAACUACAAGUUAUCGUGACUUAGCAAAUGUCGAUUAGUAGAUAUUAUUGAGGAAUAAUUUAUGAAUCCAUAAACUUGCUUGAUGAACUGAACCGUUUUUUUCAAAUCCCUAUUUUUAUCCAUCUAGAUGCCCUUUGUUUUAUUUAUUUAUUUAUUUAAAUUCACUUAGUAUAUGUGAUGUACUUUUUGUUAUGAAGCGUGCGAUCUUUGGCGAUGGUCUGUUUCAGUUCCCAAAGUAAUUUUACCAAAAAUCCAUCAGUUGCAAUAGUCCCAUGAAAGGAUCCGGAGGACAGAUUCUACAGAAAACGUGCCUUAAAAUAUUUUGCUUAAAUUGGUAUACAGUCACUUGAGAUUAGUGUUGUUUUUUUUUUGUUUGGUUGCAUGCAGACCUAUUUCUAAACAUUGUUGGGUUCUCCACUUGUUCCUUCAUUGCAUUGAGCGGCAUUAAGCGGCAGGAGGGACUUGUUUUAUUUGUAAACGUGACAGUUUUAGACAAGGAUGUCUACAAUAGCUGGAUUGCUACCUGGCCGACUUUCCAAAUAUGGUCAGACUAAUCCUUGUCUACAAUUUUAAGAGAACUCGAGGCUGUCUUUGGAAUUUGUUCUAGAUAUCGUAGUACAUGUUCCUCUAGACAGUAAUCUGUUAUGGGUAUGUGGCAUCAGUUCUGGCACACUUGGCCUCUUUUCAGCUAUUGUUGUUGCUUUCAGACUCACCUUGGAGUCACUUGGUACCUCUACAUCAAUGACAUGACUUAAAACAAAAUUGAUCGUUUAUGUGAAGGCAUUGCAGUUUAUUCCCAGACAUCUCUCAAUAAAAUAUCAAAGCUUUGUGGGUGAAUGCAUUUGCUACCAGCAGGUGUAUACGAUGUAUUUGUAAUAUAGAUAAAUGGCUUGUUUGUAGUAAAGAUUUAUGAGCGAUGAGAUUAGCGUGGGUGGAGUGGCAUUGCUCCUGUCUAAAAGAACAUCUUAGAAUAAAACCUGCUGGGCUUCUUAUAAUGAACACAUGGCUACUUUAUUAUUUUGUGUAACUCCGCAGCAGUCAACAGCUCUAAAUGCUAAUCUUGACUGGUUCUAGAAUUGACUCCUGCAAUGGGCUAGGGUAGUCAACACAUUUGGAAACCUUGACAAUUAAGAGGGGGUGGAGAAGUUAAAUGGGAGGACCUUUAUCUAUCAGAAGAUGUGUGCAGCAAAUUGUUCUAGAUAAUGACUAGGGGCUGAUUUCUGUUGAUUUAAGACUGAAGUGUCAUUGAUUUAGCCAAAAAGAGUUCAGAAGUCUGUAACCUUUAGACUUUAACGGGAGGAUGGUUUGAGUAUACCACGUAGGAUAUAUUGAGAUUAUUAGUUACUUUCAGUGCUUGACUUGGGCUUAGAUGAUAUUACUAUCCAACUCCAUGUUACACAUUUUUUUUUUAAAUCAACAUAGCAUCUUCACUUUUGUUCUGGAGUAUAAAAUGUUAUUUACCAACUCGCUGUUCCUAAUCAACCUCAGAAGGAGAAAAUGUUGGUUGAACCACGGGUUCUGAUUUUCAAACAGGUUGUAGAAGUGGUGCAUGUACUGCCUGCACUAAUCUCACCGGUUCUGAGUGUGAUAGAGCCCGUGAGAUAGCGGCUAGCUCCAUGCACUAUGUACAAUAGAUUAUAUUGAUUCUGGGAAAGGCAGUAGAGUAGAAUUGUUCUAGAAUAUUUGUCAAGUAUCUAGAUGCACAUACCGUUCCACCUUGCAUCAUGUACAAAGUAAUGUAAGCUCACUACACUCUCUCCUGUUAAUCAUUCGCCACUGACUGACAAGCAAUGAUAUUCUGUUGACUUCAAACAUUUACCUGACAAUGCGGAGGAAUCACAGCACAAUGUACAAUGAGGUGUGAUAACAUUUCACAUAGAUAAGAUCUCUUCUACCUGAAAAGAAUUUGUCCAGAUCAUAUUUCACAUAUCUGUCCUUCCCCUUUGUAGUUCAAUAGUUUCCAGAUGGGAGAAAGUGCUCAGAGCUGUAACGUAUCCUGCUCCCCAUACGUUUCCAUUUUAAACUGGGGUGGGGGAAAAAUGUACGAGGCAAAACACGACCCAUUAAUUGACGUGUUCUGUAACACUUACUAUAUAUGUAAAAGUUUCCAAAUUGUUAUUUAAAAUGUGUGUAUUUGCUAAUAAUUAUUUUUCUUUUACAAAUUUUAAGAUUAUAAUUAGUCAGCAGCAGUGUUAAUUUUAUCGACUAACAAUUUUAGUCAAAUUUGUGAGAUUUAGUCGACUAAAACAAUUCAGAUGACUACAAUACGACUAAAACUAAAUUGAAAUUUGCCGCCAAAAUUAAAACUGGUCAGCAAGCUGGUGAAAAAUGUUCCCCUUUUCAGUUCUGAAUCUCUGUCUUAAGGCAGCUUGUUUUCAUUAAUGGUUGAAUUUACUCACUAUCCCUCAAAACAUCCAAAUUUUUCAAAGAAUUGUCUUUCCCAAAGAUCCUCCAAGGCCUUCUGAAAUUUAGCUCUGGUAAUAACUUAUCAAGCUUCCAUGAUCGAAUCGUGGAGUCCUGUGAGUUCUAUACCUAUUGCUUAAAGUAGCUCUUCAUUUCAUCAACCCUUAUAUUACUUUCUCGACACAACCACAAGGAUCCCAUAUUAUUAUUAUUAUUUCAUUAUUUAUAUAUCGCCAGCAAAUUCUGUAGCGCUGUACCAUAUGAAGCUUUUGCUUGAAUGUCACUUCUUCAACUUUGGAACAGGACACAUCUCUUCAAAUAUGUUUUACAGAUUAAACCUACUUAAAUGUAUUAACUUUCUUUUUCUAAGGAUUAGUAACUAUAUUAGCUCUUUUUGUGAAUUUUAUUAGACAACAGAAUGAAUGACCUUGUCCUUCAAUCUAAAUAUUUAGUAUCUUUACUGGUCAACUCACCAAAGGUGAUUUGAAACAACAUUUAUUGCACUGUUCAUGAAAUUUCAUAGAGUACAGUUUUGAAAAUAAUUAAACUUAAUUUAGUAGUAGCAAGUUGCUGAAAGGUUUAAAAUAUGCAGUAGUUGUCGUGGACAUAUCUUAUGAUCAUAUAUGAUUGAUUGGUUUAGCAAAGUUCUCUGGCCACAGAUUUCCAUAGGGAUCAGUGAUUUCUACAUUUUCAAUAUCUGUUCAGUCGUUAAAUAAUGUUUUUACCUAUUUUGUCUUUCUAUUUCUCUUGGUCGACUUGUUACCUGGGCGUCUUUGUACCACAUUCCUGGCAUGUCUCCAAUAUCAGAUCCACCUGCCAACCAUUGUUUACCUUCUUCAAACGGGCAUGAGAUUUAGUUUAAAAAAAUGAAAAACUUUGUGAGUGAGUAAUAAGUGUGUUAUCAGGGUUUAACAAAACAAAAUAUGAUCUACAGAUUGGGUUGAUUUACACACUCAUUUGUUUAAUUUAAAGGGACACUGUAGGCACCCAGACCACUUCAGCUCAUUGCAGUGGUCUGGGUGCCAACUCCCGUCACCUUUAACCCUGCAAGUGUAAUUAUUGCAGUUUUUAUAAACUGCAAUAAUUACCUUGCAGGAUUAAGUCAUCCUCUAUGGGCUGCCUACCAGACGCUAUGCAUGAGGACCUCCAGCAUCGCCGGAAUCCCCAUAGGAAAGCAUUGAAUAAUGCUUUCCUUUGGGGAGGUCUAAUGUGCGCACGCGGCCAUUGCUGCGCAUGUGCUUUAGGUCUCCCCCGCCGGCAGAUUCAGGUAAGUGACUGAAGGGGUUUUAAGCCCUUUAGCGAUCUCGGAUGGGGGGCACUCCAGGAUUCUCUUGUGCCAGGAAAAUCACUAGAGAAUCCUGUUAUAUAUUCCUAUAUAUAUUAUUUUACACGGUAUUAUACUGAUCAUAUCUGACUAUAUAUAUAUAUAUAUAUAUAUAUAUAUAUAUAUAUAUAUAUAUAUAUAUAUAUAUAUAUAUUCUCUAUCUAUCUCUACACAGACUGACUGCUCCAUAGAUAUUUGGUCCAGGCGACAUAUUCCUCUUCUCCUUGUGUACAUAUGUUUUUGUUUUUUUUUAAUAUAUUUUAGGGCAAUCCUCUAAUAAAAGUUUCAAGUUUUAAUAUACCAAUAAUAAUUUCACUUCCCUGUAUCCUGCAUCAAAUACACUCCACUUUCUUCUUUUCUUAGUUAAUUCCAAUUUUCAGGGUUACCGCCUUGUAGGAGUGUUUUUGGUAUUUCCAAUUCUCUGGGUUACCCCCUUGUAGGAGUGUUUUUGGUAUUUCCAAUUCUCUGGGUUACCCCCUUGUAUGAGUGUUUUUGGUAUUUCCAAUUCUCUGGGUUACCCCCUUGUAGGAGUGUUUUUGGUAUUUCCAAUUUUCUGGGUUACCCCCUUGUAGGAGUGUUUUUGGUAUUUCCAAUUCUCUGGGUUACCCCCUUGUAGGAGUGUUUUUGGUAUUUCCAAUUCUCUGGGUUACCCCCUUGUAGGAGUGUUUUUGGUAUUUCCAAUUUUCUGGGUUACCCCCUUGUAGGAGUGUUUUUGGUAUUUCCAAUUUUCAGGGUUACCCCCUUGUAGGAGUGUUUUUGGUAUUUCCAAUUUUCAGGGUUACCCCCUUGUAGGAGUGUUUUUGGUAUUUCCAAUUUUCAGGGUUACCCCCUUGUAGGAGUGUUUUUGGUAUUUCCAAUUUUCAGGGUUACCCCCUUGUAGGAGUGUUUUUGGUAUUUCCAAUUUUCAGGGUUACCCCCUUGUAGGAGUGUUUUUGGUAUUUCCAAUUUUCAGGGUUACCCCCUUGUAGGAGUGUUUUUGGUAUUUCCAAUUUUCAGGGUUACCCCCUUGUAGGAGUGUUUUUGGUAUUUCCAAUUUUCAGGGUUACCCCCUUGUAGGAGUGUUUUUGGUAUUUCCAAUUCUCAGGGUUACCCCCUUGCAGGAGUGUUUUUGGUAUUUCCAGUUAAUUCCAAUUUUCAGGGUUACCCCCUUGUAGGAGUGUUUUUGUUAUACCAAGCUCAUCUCUUUUCCUUUUUUGUGAAACCAUUCUGUUUUCAUGCAUGCUGUGUCACAGGCAGCCAGAUGAGGUGUGGCUAGGGCUGCAUAAACAGAAUCGGAAAAGUGACCUCAGCAGGAUGCUCAUUUCUGAUACAGCUUUAUCACUGAAGGUGACAAAUAAUAAAUUGGACAGGGUAUAUCUAGAUUAUCACCAGUACGGUGAUACUUUACAUUUUUCUUUAAAGAUUAUUGCAUCACAGGUCUAUUUAGGCAGUUCUCAUUUUAAACAAGUCCGUGGCAGACGGGUUAGAUAUGUUGGGUUUUGAUAUUUACGACUUUGGGUGGAACAGUCUUUUUUUUUUCUUGUUCUCACUAAAUACUAUUUUUCCUUUUCUGAUGAAUAACCGUGACAUGUUCCCAGCACUGAGCUCUUUUUCCGGUAAACAGAAAGGGACUUCAUUGUAUAUUGUUUAAAGAUUUAAUAUUGAUAGACUCAUCCUUGGCACAUUUUGCACGACUCUUUAAUAUUACCUUGGCCAAUUUGACCCCCUUGUAGUCUCUUUGAAAACAUCAAUACCUCGGCUGCUAGGUUUUCCAGAUGAAUCACGUUUUAUUGCCCAUAGUUACGGCUGCCUGAAAGAAAGACCUGACUCGAGAUGUUUGAAAUGAAUGUCAGUAGACAAUAGCCCGUUUCCCAGCCCAUGCUGUCACACCAUUAUCUGUUGACAUCAGCUCCACAAGGAACUGUUCUUGAUCCUUGUGUUUGUCUUUAAAAAAUACAAGCUUCUCAAAUUACUAGAAAAUUCAUAGGGAACUGUAACAGUAGCGGCGAGGAAAUGGGACAGUUAUGUGUUACACCGGAUACCAAUUUAAUGUUGGAGACACACGUCUGGCCAUUGUGGCAAGGAUGGUUUAAGGAUGAUGUAGAAACCACAAAAUCAGUUUUAAAAUAAAUUAUAAAGUUGUAAUGUUUGCUAGAUCCACCAUCCUAUCAUAGGCACAAAUCCUUUCUUCUCAGUGAUGUGCAGGCAUGAAAAGUGCUGCCCUUGAGAACAUAGAAUUCAGAUGUUAUAGAAAGGUAAUCAAACAAUUCAUCCAGGCAUAGGCAACCUUUGGCACUCCAGAUGUUUUGGACUACACCUUCCAUGAUGCCUUACCAGCAUUAUGGGUGUAAGAGCAUUAUAGGGGAUGUAGUCCACAACAUCUGGAGUGCCGAAGGUUGCCUAUCCCUGAUUCUAGGCUGUUCCUUUUGGACUCCCUUUUGGUGUGAUUAAUUGUCUAUUGUAGCAUAUAAUGUGAUCCUCAUCAUUUUGUUAUGGCCUUUAGACUGAAUUAUAUACAAAAUUAUCUUUGUUUAUUUUCAUUGUAGCUGUGUACUGUAUGUGCCAGAGCAGAGUAUGUCCUUAUGCCUGUUAUUUACCUUUAUGUACUUCCUUCCUUAUAAAACUUAAAUUUCAUACCUCGCAACAUUUCAAAUAGACAAAGAGGGACACUUUAACUUUAGAGGUGUGAGUGGGGGUGUGGCUGUUUUCUGUUAUUUUAGGUGACUAAUAACAUUUAAUAAGUCAUGCAACUAAAAUUAUAAUUAAGACAUAAAUGUAUCAUUUAUUCAGACUGAUUUCUAAACACAUUUAUUGUAGUUUACAGGCACAUUACUGGGAGUAUUAUUGCUGUGGAGCUCUGUUAUACAGACACGCCAACAAUAUCCCUCUAGAAAGGAGGGAUAUUAGGAUAGAAAAGAGGGACAGAGGAAUUUGAUCCCAAAAUAGGGACUGUUCAUCCUAAAUCAGGACACUUGGGAGGUAUGGGAUUCUGCAAAUGUAUAUAACCAUUCAUACAGUGCAGUCCACCAGUGUUUUCAUAACUGUAAAUACUAAAUGGUUCAUGGAUUAAAGCUCAAAGUCAGUACUUUAUCAUCUUAGUCCAAGGCUGUCGAAAGGCAUCCCUUUGAUGUUAGUGGAUAACAACUCCCAUAAUUCUCUGCCAAGCUCUGGCAGAAUUAUUGGUAUUGGAUGAGAAAAUCCAGGGGGGGAGGAGUGGGGUGGGCACAGGUGAUUUCUCUGUGCAAGUAUAUUUUUUGCAAUUUUUAGGACAAAUGUGCCAGAAUUACAAGGUCUGCCUUGUUUUCCUGGACACCGUCUCAUUUAUUCAUGGUGAUUACUAGCACAUUUAAAGUGCUGGCUACUGUAUAUAUAAUUCAUAUGCUACUAGAGAGAAAUUGCAUCAAGAAGCUGCCUUGCUUAACUGAAACUUUUUUUUUUGUUUGUUUUUUGAAUUUUGUAAAAAAAAAAAUUUACAGCAUAUGUACACCAGGUUUUGCAGGGCAGCCAUUUUCAUGCUCUGCCCAUCGGCUUGAUCAAGUGGGGUGUGUCGAAAAAAACACUGUGGCUCUGAGAUUCUUUGCUGCAUUCUGAAAACAUGAUAAAAGCGUGUAUCUGUCAACCAUUGUACAGCGCUACAGAAUCUGAUGGCGUUAUAUAAAUAAUAAAAUAAUAAUAACCAGCAGUGUAUGCUUUCUUUCAGUCACUAUGGUGGGCUUGUAUGUGACCUAAUUUUUGUUUUGUUUACCGCAGGGUAAAGCGAUCGCACAGACUGGACGCAGCAAACUACAAAAUCAAAGGGCUGGCCUAAACAAUCAGAUCCUAAAGGCGAUGCGAAUGAGAGCUGGAGCAGAGAACCUUCUACGGUACGUUCCCACCGGUUCAGUUCACUCCUGUGGAAAGAUAGAAAAUGCAGCCUUUGUUGUUCACGGCUUUAGUGAUCUCCGGUUCCCAGAGCAUAUUCCCAACAGAUGCUGCCUAAUGAACACAGCACUUUGAUUGUAGCAACAGUUCAUUCCUGGGUGACCCCCUCCCUGCCAUCAACACAUUGUAUAAUGGUGACAAGUAGCUCGCAGUUUGGAAAAAUUAGAACCUCUUAGUAAAGGAGCAGACAGAAUUGGUUUAACCUUGUGCCGCAUGGCAUGGCUGUCUUGGUGGAAAAUAUUUCUUGCAGACUUUAUCUAGAAGGGACUGAUUUGAAUUUAGAGUUUUCCAGAGCCACGUUUGUUUUUCCUGGAAACUUAUCACUUCUCCAUGUUGCAGGGCAGAUCAUAAAAGUGUCUGCCUGCAACAUGUUAAAAUUCAAAUGCAUUAAUGAAGAAAUGAUUCUGCAGCACAUGAAUGCUAUAUACUGCUGGUCAGGAAAACACAGCCGUGCCUGGGUGAUUAACUAAGAUGUGAAGUGUUGGGGAUUCAUGGUGAUUUGCAAAUUGUAGGCCACAGUAGCGGAGCUGAAUUGAAAACAAAGCAAAAAAUUCUCCAUUUUGGGUGUUUUAACCAUUCCACAACAAUGCGUAGAAUUGUCAGGUCUGUCUUUAUUUCUGGAUGCGUGUCUCCUUCUCGUUGAUGGGCAGUGCGUGAAAAGUACUGAUCUGCCACAAGUGGGAUUCAUACACCGUCAGAGAAAGUCAGUUAAGCAGGGUAUAUCCUUCUUGAUUGACUCGUCCUGCAAUAUAUGAAUUCUACAUGUAGCACUUUUCAUUUCUUGCCCAUCACUAUGAAUAAGAGAUAUAAUGAUCAGUGGAACAUGGCAUGUCCGACAACUCCUAGCCACCGUGAGUCUUGACUCGCAUGUUUGUAGGAACCGUAAUGACUGUAAGUUUUGUAGAUUCCUAACUGGGGGAAAUGGAGUGGAAUAGAUCAUUUAGUUCUGUCCCAGAUAGCAUCCUUUUAUUCCGUGUGUAUAUGAGAGAGAUUCACUCGUCUGUACGUGAAAAAGAGCUCUGUCAAUAUGGCAUCUUGGCAAAGCUCCAUUGAUUUGUUUAUUUCCUGACCCCUAUGCCCAGUUGGCAGCCUGCCCUUCCUUGUAAUCUGUGAAUGUCUGUUUAUUACCUUAAUAACAGGCAUAAAAACUAAUAAUAGGCUUUAUAUGUUCAGGGUAUUAUUAUUCUUAAUAUAAAAUCUCCCCGAUGUGAAAUGGAACGAGGUUUUGUUUCCCAGGCCAUGUUAUCCUGCCAGGGGGCCUGGAAGGUCCCUCGCUAAAGAAACUCCUAAUGACUGCUUUUCCCUAUACCAGCUUUUCUCUCACCCUCUCCUUUCUUCUCCCUCCUUUAUCUGUCUGUUAUUCUGCUCCUUAACUUUCGCUUUCUCUUUGCUCUGCAAUUUUUGUUUCUCCCCGUGUCUCACACUUUCACCCCAUUGUGUUCUGCUGGGUUUUUUUUUGCCUCUUCCUUAUUCCUUUUCCGUCUAUUUUUCAUUUAUUUUUAUCUGUUCCCAUCUCUCCUUUCUGCAGUCCCCCUUUCCCCCCCUCACAGUCCCUCCUUUAUUCUGCUUUCCCCAUUCCUCAUCUAUUUUCCUCCUCUCUUCCACCAUCUCUUCACUUUUCCCCCCUCUCCAUCCCACUUUCUGCCCCACCUUCUCUCUCUUCCCUCCCUUACCCCAAUCUGUCUUCCCUCCAUUCUUUCCAUUUUUGCUCACCUCUGUCCCCUUUUCAGUUUAUAGAAAUCAGAUAUUGAAUAAAAGCCUUGUAGCUAUGAUAUUUGUGCUAUCAUUUAUUAAUAUUUCAGUAGAUGCGUUGGCGAGAAUUUAUUAUAUUUUUUUUACACUCGAAGUCUCUGCACAAACAUGUUUCAACGCUUGCAGCCCAAUACACAGGAAGUCAUGAGGAAGUCUGUAAUGUUCUCACAAAUUGUAACGAGUGUCUCCUGUUUACAGUACUCACGGCUAGUCAUGGCGAUGUAUCUGGGAAACCGCACUACCCUUAAUUUAUAAAUAUUAUGUCCCAUGUGAAUUUAAAGGUGUGGAAGAUGUAUCUGUCUGAGAAAACAAAGUGUGUCUGGAAACCCUACUAAUACCCAAAUCAGGUGCUGUCUGUAUGAAUAACAAUAUUAAGUUACUGACUUAAAAUGUAAAUGUAUAUUUUUGUAGUACUAUGGGCGCAUAUCUGUGCUCCCACAAUGGCUAGAGCAUCAUAUCUCACUAUUACACAUCAUUUAAAGGGACACUAUAGUCACCAAAACAACUUUACCUUAAUUAGGCAGUUAUGGUGUAUAUAUCCCGUAUCUGAAGUUACAUUAAUCAGUUCUCUACCAUUUAGGAGUUAAAUAACUUUUGUUUCUAUUUAUGCAGCCUUAGCCGAACCUCCACUGGCUGUGACUGACACAACCUACAUGAAAACAAAACGGUUUUAUUUUCAAUCAGAUGUAACUUACUUUAAAAGUUUUUAUGUUCUGCUCUGUAAAUUGAACUUUAAUAGCAUGCAGGAGGCACCUGCAAGCUAUUCACAGAACAGGAGAAAAGAAAUUCUAGAUGGAACAGAAUUUGCAACAAAGAAAAUAUAAACUCUUUACAGGACGCGUUUAGGAAGGCUGUGUAAGUCACAUGCAGGGAGGUGUGACUAGAAGUACAUAAACAAAGUGAUUUAACUCUUAAAUGGCAGAGAAUUGAGCAGUGCAGGGGCAUGAUCUAUACACCAAAACUGCUUCCUUAACCCCUUAAGGACCAAGCUUCUGGAAUAAAAGGGAAUCAUGACGUGUCACACAUGUCAUGUGUCCUUAAGGGAUUAAGGACACAUGACAUGUCUGACAUGUCAUGAUUCCCUUUUAUUCCAGAAGUUUGGUCCUUAAGGGGUUAAGGUUCGCAGACGUACUAGGUACAUCCGACUAAUACAGUCCCUAAGGACCGUGGACGUACCUAGUACAUCAGUGGUAUUCUUAGUACUUACCCAAUCGUAGCCGUUCCCCCGCCGGCGAUCGGUGUUGCCCCCGGUCUGGGGGGACUGCCUGACAGCCCAGACAGUCCCACUCGGCAAAUUAAUCCCCCGCAGGACAUGUGACCACAGUGGUUACAUGGCUGCAAUAAGAGUCCAUAGUGCUGCCUGCAGGGGGACUGCCUGAACUGACAGGCAGUCUCCCUGCUUCUGUUAAAUAAGAUAUAUAAAUAGGUUAAUAAAUUAAAAUAUACUCAUAUAUAUAUAUAUAUAUAUAUAUAUAUAUAUAUAUAUAUAUAUAUAUAUAUAUAUAUAUAUAUAUAUAUAUAUAUAUAUAUAUAUAUAUGUGUGUGUGUGUGUAUAUGUAUAUAUAUAUAUAUAUAUGUGUGUGUGUGUAUAUGUAUAUAUAAUAUUUAAAAAAUUAACUUAGAGUAAAAUUAUACACCUAUGUAUAUAUUAUAAUAUAGUGUGUGUGUGUGUAUAUGUAUGUGUAUAUAUAUAUAUAUAUAUAUAUAUAUAUAUAUAUAUAUAUAUAUAUAUAUAUAAUAAAAAAAUCAAUUAAAAAUAAAUAAAAUCUAUAUAUAAUUUUAUUCUAACUGUAUUUUGAUAUAUAUAUAUAUAUAUAUAUAUAUAUAUAUAUAUAUAUAUAUAUAUAUAUAUACUUAGAAUUAAAUGUUAUAUAUCUAUGUAUAUAUAAAUAAAUACAAAUAAUAUGAAAUAUAUAUAUAUCCAUAUACAUAAUGACAUAAAUAAUUUUGUAAAUAUACACGUAGACUUCAAAUAUAUUAAUAUGUAUAUAUAUUUAAAUUCAACGUGCAUAUUUAUGUAAUAUUUUUACAUAAUUAAGUAAUUUUAUUGAGUGAAUUUUAUUUGAGACCUGUCUGACAACCCAGGCUGAAAGUCCAGAGAAUUGAAUUUGCUAGCACUAUAUUUAACCCUGUAACUUUCCAUGACACCCUAAAACCUGUACAUGGGGGGUACUGCUUUGCUCAGGAGACUUCGUUGAACACAAAUAUUAGUGUUUCAAAACAGUAGAACAUAUCACAGCAAUGAUAUUGUCAGUGAAAGUGACUUUUUUUUGCAUUUUUUCACUCACACACAGCACUCUCACUGAUAUCAUUGUUGUGAUUCGUUUGACUGUUUUGGAAAACUAAUAUUUGUGUUCAGCAAAGUCUCCCGAGUAUAACAGUACCUCCAUGUACAGGUUUUAUAGUGGUUUUUGAAAGUUACAGGGUCAAAUAUAAGGCUUGAUUUUCUGUUUUUUGAUAUUGAAAUUUGCCGAAUUGGUUAUGUUGCCUUUGAGAGCGUAUGGUAGCCCAGGAAUGGGAAUUACCCCCAUGAUGUCAUACCAUUUGCAAAAGCAGACAACCAAGGGUAUUCAAUAUGGGGUACGUUCAGUCUUUUUUAGUAGUCACUUAGUCACAAAUACUGCCCAAAGUUAGCGUUCAUAAUUGUUUUAUGCAUUUUUUACAAACACAUAAAUACUAACUUUGGCUAGUGUUUGGACUAAGUGGCUACAAAAAAGACUGGACAUACCCCAUAUAGAAUACCCUGGGUUGUCUGCUUUAAAAAAAUAUGUACAUGUAAGAUGUGAUUCAGAGAUUUAUGACAGAUAACAGUGUUACUAUGUCACUAUUGAUACAUUUCAAAAUAUAUAUAUAUAUAUAUUUUGAAACCGCAAUGUCCUACUUGUACUUAUAGCCCUAUAACUUGCACACAACAAAAGCUAAGGCAAUGUUAACAUUGGGUAUUUCUAAACCCAGGACAAAAUUUAGAAACUAUUUAGCAUGGGUGUUUUUUGGCGGUUGUAGAUCCGUAACAGAUUUUGGGGGUCAAAGUUUCAAAUCUUUUUAUCAUAUUUAUAUUUAUUUUUUUAUACUAAAUUAUAUGAUAUGACGAAAAUAAUGGUAUCUUUAGAAAGACCAUUUAAUAGCGAGAAAAACUGUAUAUAAUAUGUGUGGGUACAGUAAAUGAGUAAGAGGGAAACUACAGCUAAACACAAACACAGCAGAAAUGUAAAAACAGCCCUGGUCGUUAACGGUAAGAAAAUUGGAAAACGGUCUGGUCACUAGGGUGUUAAACAAAAAAGUUUUUGGGGUGACUAUAGUGUCCCCUUAAAGCUGCACCUGGCAUUGUGGAAGCACACAGAUGUUCUAGUUGGCAAUGUCAGAAAUGCAGCUCAAUAUUAAAGGGACACUAUUUGCCCCAUAACCACUGCAUGUAAUUUUGCAAACCAUGUGAGAGCAAUUUGACAAAAAUGUCCCUAACCUACCCCAAACACUCCCUGAUUAUCACUGCCCUCUGUGUUGUGUGGAAUCGAUAUUGUUAAUGCACAGUUGUAAAUUCUGCAUUAUCAGUGCAAUUGUGGAAAGGGCGGUCUGUGGGUGUCAAGAAAGAACUCCGGUUUUUCUGCAAACAUUUUGACGACUAACGUGGGACAUCGGCCACAAAUUCUUUGCACCAUAUCCACUGCACUGAGAGUUAGUGGGCAUAGAGGGUUCCUUUAUUUAAAGUUUUGCAGAAACAAUGAAAGGACCAUUGCACAUUAUGUCUGAUCCAGCUGACUCAGAUAAGUCAUUUAAAAAAUGUCCUUGAUAUUCUCAUUUUUGCACAAGAUCCGAUCAAUGCAAACAAGAAACAUUUCAAAAAUUCUGAAUUUGUGUAAAAUACACCUUGUAGCAAACAUCAGACUGUACCAUAAAAUGAACAAUGUCUCUUUUCUUUGCUUCAUCCCCAGGGCGACGACAAACAAUAGAGUUCGAGAACAGGUUCUGCUGGAGCUCAGUUUUGUGAAUUCAAACCUUCAGCUUCUGAAGGAGGAGCUGGAAGGACUCAACAUAUCAGUGGAAGUCUAUCAACACAAUGAGUAAGCCAGCAAUAAAGUCAUAUGGCAGUGUUCUUAUAGAGAUAAGAUAAGAUUGAGACAUAGUUGAAAUAUUUUAUUACUUAAAACUUAAAAAAAAACAAGAUUGACCUUAAAUCUGACCUUGUACACCUUUGUCUUAAAAGCGAACCUGUGUUCAACAAAAAAAUCAAAAAACUCUUUCUCUCUACAUGAUAUAUUCACUCACCUUACCUCUGAUCCAAUGCCGCCAUGUCCUCAGCCUUUUGGUGUUACUAUUCUGUAACACCCACCACUGCUCCACCGGGUCUAUUCUUCGAUUUGUCUACCUGGCUUCAUUGCCAGCAUAUCGGCGUCUGGACGUUCCUAUACUCCUUACUUCAGCGCUAGCAGCAUCGGCUAGGAAGUUACCAUAGCAAACACUGCGCAUGCGCUGUGAGUUGCUAUGUGUGGCGAGCAGAAGCACCACCAGUGGGAGAGAUCUCUUUUGCUCUCCCAAUUCUUCGGCAUAGACUCUCUGCUGGAGAAUUGACUGACAAAUGCAAGAUAUAUUUUUCAAUGGGAUUUUCUCCCAAUCUACACAUUUGCUGGAAAACCUGCUAACACAAUGUAUAGAUGAAAUGGGAUGUUCUUUUUUUAAAAAAAAAAUAAUAUAAGUUGUGGGUGCCCUUUAAAGAUUAUUUUUAAUUUGCUAUUUUCUUUUACAAAUAGCUACAUAGAAAAAAAAUCUGCAAACUAAAUAAAAAACGCAAAAUAAAUUAAAUGCGUUUUAGACAAAAAUAUCUUGAAACAUGUCAGUGGAAUGUAGUAAAACAUAUAAUUAAAUAUUGUAUCGGUUACAAAUGUCCACCUUGAUUUCCCUCUCUCUCUGCUGGGAGCUUAUUUCCCAGAAUGCACCUGGCACCCUUUUUUUCUGCUAUUUCGUUUUACCUUAUUUUGUCAGUGCAAGUUUCAUAGCAACAUACAUGUUUUCUUUAAAAUACAAUAUCUGGUAUUGUUUUGAACCAUUUAACAAUGUCAACACUGCAUUUUUUGUCUCGAUUCAAAUAAUGUUAAAUAUUUGUGAUGACAGGUGCCUCUGGCUCUGAAUGUGUUAACAGGGAUAGGUACGGUUUCAUUCCAACCCUGCCUUUGUUUACCAUAGAAGCCUAUCUCCUGCUGCAGAUAACAGUGCUUAAGUCAGCAUUGCUUGGCUAUUUUGAGGUGGCCUGGUCUUCUUCUUAGCAGAAUUAAUGCCUGACACCUGAUAGUGAUCACCGUAUCUGCCUGGAGGGUGUUCUGUCUUUGCCUUACUGGCUGACCAUUGACCUUCAAGUAGUUUUACCGAUUGUCAAAGCAUAUACUAAAUACAAUAUUUUAUUAUAUCGCGCUAUCUCUUGCUGAAGGCUUACCAUUUCCAUCAGUUCUUAGUUUUUAUCUCAUUUGGGCCAUUGCUUAUACUCACUGGAGAUGGAGAAACGGACACAUUUUGUCCGUCAAAUGUAAGAGAACAUCAGUCUUCGCUGUUCUAUAGGGCUGUCAUUAUGGCCAAAGUUAUAUGUAUCUGGCUGCUCUGCCUUUCCAUUCCCCUGGAAUCUCCUAAUUACAAAGAUAAUUUGUCAUCUGGUGUGUCGAAGAGCACUCGGUAGCAUUUGACCUUAGGGCCUUUGAAAAUAUGAACCUAUAGGGUGGUCCACCAUGGAGGUUAUGUUCUGCAAGUCUCUACGUGUCUUACAAUAAAGGUUUUAAAGAACGAGCUUCUAUUACACAAACAAGGAAAUGGUCAUUUUUAUGCCUCUGGUAAGAAUGUCAAGUUCCUCGGCAAAGCCAUUAUUAAUCUUGUUGAGUAAAAUAUGCAUCCUCUAUCCCCACAAAACAAUGAAGAUUUAUUUUUGUGCAAAAUUGUUUAUCACCGUUACUAUAUCCAAAGUAUAUUUUUUUGCGAUGGGGUAUAGCCUGCCUUUUGGAUCUGACUGAGGGCAUAUGAUGAGAGAUCUAGGAGGUCAGUAAGAAAUGAUAGAAUGGAAAAACACACAACUUUAAGUAAAAGUCAUGUGCGACAGAAGAGUGCUUUUAAAUGAAGCACAACUAGCUGUUGCUUGUGUUAGUCUGAAAAGGCACAGACUGGGCAUGUUGUACAAAAUAACUUCCUUUCCCAUGAUUCUCUCAUUCUCAAGAUUACAAAGCUACCCAAUAAUCAUAGGUUAAUUUAAACUCAUAAUCAGGACAGUGGUAACAAAAAAUACCAGACCUUCAAAUGGCUGGGCUUACAGCACUUUCUAAAUUGUGUUUACAUAACACACCUGUAUGACAUGUUAGUGUAGUAAGGGACAAGCCGAAGUCUACGGUCUGGAUAGUCACACAUAUAAAGAAACAAGUCAGAAAAAUAGAUACCAGAAAACAGAAUAAUCAAAAUAAGGCAGGUCAGUACCAAAUGGACACAAAUUAAUGAGAGCAAAAGAACCAAGAGAGUUCUGUUCAUAUGGUGAGUUUAUAUAAGGAUACUCUGAAAUGUCACGUUUUGCUUAGAAACUGACCAAGAGUGGAAUAGGUGCUGGGAAACUUGUGCACUGACAUCAUAUCGAUAGGAAUAAUAAGAUAAUUAGCAAAACCUGCCUUGCCUUUUCAGAAGACCGUUGUUAUGUCAGAAUCUAGUAAUCAAGUUCUUUAAUCAAAGCCAAACCCUGGCUCACCCAAAAACAUAGGAAAUGUAGUCAAAGAACGGAGGACAACGUUGGAGAGCCCUGUAGCCAAAACGCAAACUACAGAAUAUGAACUUCCCUUUAUAUUGGGUCAUAUAGUAGAUGUUAACGUACAGUGAUAAGUGGUGAUAAAUAGAAAAUAGCAUUUAUAUUGUGCUAAUUUUUUACAUAUUAACAACCAUACAGACCACAUAUUGCUUCUUAAUUUAUUUAUUCUUCCAUAUAGAUGGAUUUUCAUGCUAAUGACAGGGUCAUACAUCUAAGCAGAACUUUUUUUUAAAUAUCAGAAUACAGGGAUGCUCAAAGAAACCAAUCCAUUAAAGGUGCUUUAAAGACGGUUCAUUCUGCUUUAAACCUCUCAAUAUUAAACAAGUGAAACCAGAGUUGUUAGGAAUUCAUAGUGAAAUUCUAAUUAAUGCCAAAUUAGCCGAACUGAAAACAUGGCUUCUCACUCAUCUUUUUCAAAUCGGCUAUUGUGGCCUGAAAUGUAAAACUUUGCUUGAAUUCUCAUAGAAACCCUGACUGAUCACUCGUCAGUGAAUAAUUUUGUUAGGUUAUUUCCCAUUUUCGUAAAAGGUGUGCAUAAUUACAACUGAUUGCACAUUUAUGCCAAAUAAUCCGUGCAUGACUUGCUAAUUGACGUUUAGGGAAACACCCAAUUUGUAUCAGUGAUGUAUGUAGUUUGAUCAUGAUCUUAUUUUACGAUUAGCUUUCCACUGAUACUGCUGAUUCACCCCCUUUAUAUUAAACUAAAACCAGGGGGAUUAUUUUUACUCCUCAUGACAUUUAGUUAGGUGAGCCUGGUGAUCUGCAGGUUUGGGGUAUCUCAGAGUAGUGGUAAUGAUUCAGUCAUAAAAGGAUUAGAUUUACCAAGGUGUGAUUCAGUUCUCAGCAUUCUAAACAGUAACACGGGGUUCUCUUCCUGUACAGAAACGAUCAGUGUAUGUAAUAGAAUACAAAUAAUUGAAAAUAACUAGAGCAGUUGGUUAGCUCAUGUUUCCCAGGUGUCAUUGACUUAAAACUCCCAUAAUUUCUUUAUAGUGAUAUCGCGUAUGAGUAGUUUGACACCCCAAAGUUUUUGACUUGUCAUUGUAUUGAGAAAAAAUAAAUGAUAAAAAAACGAAGAGGAAAAACCUAAUUUUAAUGUAAAAUGUUGUGUUAUAUCGCUGAUCUUUGUGGAUUUUUAGUGUACUUAUUUUUACGGCUCUGUAGCAGAGGGUUCUGGGAGUUUAAAUAUGGCAACAAGCUGUAACAUGGCAUAAGUGUAUUUCACCUGUAGCAACUGAGACAUAAAACACUGUGACCAUUGUGCGUGGGCCCUGUCUCUAUUCUAGUUCAUGUAAAUACAUUGUGUUCGUUGAAACAGAAUACAUGUGCUAUAGGAACCAGACUCAUGUAUUUACAGUGAAGCAUUUUUUUUCUUUUUUUCUUUCAGACAAAACUCCAACAUUCCUCUUAUACCUCUAGGGCUUAAGGAGACAAAAGACGUGGAUUUCACAACCGCAUUUAAGGUAAUAUUAGGAAAUCUGCCAUUUCAUACUCUAAUCUUUGUGCCGUGUACAUUGUAAUACAGGGCCUAUGUACCGCUGGCAUGUCACACAACAUUCAGCACAGAAUUCUUUUUAUUAUUACACUGCCAACAGCUGUGGGAAUAUUUUAUAAAAAGAGUCUCUAACAGACAAUUGGUUCUAAAAAUAAAGCAAUCACUAUUAAAAUUAAUUAAAUAAGCUGCGGUGUUCUCAUGGUUUCCAUGGUGAUUGCUCAAUUGUUAGUGUUACCGCACUCUUCUAUGCUUCUUGAAAUUCGGUAUUCUAUAAUCCAGGGGUGCCCAAUAGGUAGAUCCUCAGAUGUUUUAAAACUACAGCUUCCACAAUGCUUUGUGAUUUUUAAAGACAAUCUAAAUGCAUGUUGAAACAUCAUGGGAGUUGUAGUUCUACAACAUCUGGGAUCUACUUUUUAGGCCCCCCCAGCUCUAAUACAUUGUAUACAUUGAUUGCAUAAAUUAUAGAUCUUUAACCCCUUAAGGACCAAACUUCUGGAAUAAAAGGGAAUCAUGACAUGUCACACAUGUCAUGUGUCCUUAAGAGGUUAAACUCAAUGCUUUUGCUUUAUAUACACGGAGAAUGUAGCCAUUAUAGAUCUAUAUAUCAUAGAUCAUACAUCUAUACUUAGAUGACUUGUCUUUUUUAUAGCAUGCUAAGGGUUACAAGUUAUGAUAUAUCACCAAACUAACCUAUAUAUAAAAAUGAACGGUUUCUCCUGUUUAGACCAAAAGGAUCUAAUUUUGGUGUCUAUGUGUGUCUUGACUGCAUUUUGUUUUAAGACUGCCACCAUAUAAACAGUUCUAUUAUGUCUAGUCGUUAACCCAUUGUUUUGCUGUCCACUGCCCAUCACAAUAGGGCUCAAAGAGUUAAGAUGUUUGUAAGCACGGCAGCAGAUUGUCGCAUUGGAUGCUGCGUACAGUUUUUAUCUUGUUUACAAUGUUACCAAAACACAAAUGCACCUCGUACCUUGUAAAGAACACUUUUAAUGUUUCUAGUAAAACAUCCUGUGGAAUGUCUUGCUAUAAAAGCUUAUGUGUUACUUAAUGAGAAGACUUAGUUUAGACCCAAAAACGAGGCACACUCAGAAGACAGAGGUCAGGGGAGCUAUUCGUAGAUGUGAUUUAAUUGUCUAUUGGCCAAGUGAAACUACUCGUGCGUCAGGAACGAAUUUGCGUAGUACAGUUGUAAUAAGCUCUUAUGCCAAGUUCAGUAUCAAACUUUGAGUCACUCUUAGUCACACCUCUCUGCUAAAGGAAGUGGUGUGGCGUCCCUAACAUUAUCUUAAAGGAGCAUGCUGUGUAUCCACCCAUUAACUGCAGAAUAUAUUAACGGUGAUUAAUCUUUGAAAUAUUUAGGAUUCACAAUCAGAGCUAUUUAUACUGAUAAACCUUGAACACAUGACCUAUAAAUAGAAUAUUUUAUUGUCCAAAUACGCAAUGUAGUGUUUUACGAUGCACAGCUCCUUAUUUCGACACUGUGAUAAACUUCUGGAAGAUUUACAAGUACCAGCUCUGAAAUAACAGAUGGCAAUAAAGUGGCUAUAGUGGUUAAUUAUUAAUGUAACAGAAAUCCUUUGCAUGAGAGAUGGCUUGUAAGCAAUGUGACAAUUGUGGUGGUAAUAAGGAUGGUGUCGCAAGAAAUUAGUCAGGACAAAUGCGGUUUUAUUUUGAUUAACAAGGAUGGUAAAAAGUCAGUCAUCUGAAUGAUUACUGGGUUACAAAGUGUACUAAUUAGCAGUCUUAUGGCAGGAAAUUUGCUGGGAUUUGUUAUUAGGAUGGAAUGCCAAUCUCCUCUUCGGGUCCCUUAUGUUUCUUCUCCCAAAGGUUUAUCAAGAAUUUCGAUACGCUAAGCACAAAUCCAUUCUCCCCCCUCCUUCAUGUAAUAUUUCUCCUCUCUUAUACUUAAAUAUAUAUUCACUUAAAGGAACACUAUAGGCACCAGAUCAAGUUCAUCAAUAUUAAGUUGUUAUGGUGUGAGGAUGUCCCCCGGCACCUCAAUUUAAGAGUUAACUUAUUUAUUAAUACAAAAUACAGAAAUUAUUUUCCCAUGUGUUAAACUUGUUGAGUGUCACAAUUGCUAACAUCCAGACACUACUACACACAAACUGAUGUUCCCCUAUUUAGGAGGGACUGUCCCGAUUUUGGGACCAAAUCCAUCUGUACCUCUCCCUCUAUGAUGUUGGUGUGUCUGAGCGUCUAACAGAGCUCCACAGAAAUAAUACUCCCAGUAAUGUGUCUUUAAACUACAAUAAAAGUGUCUGUUUAAGAUUCAUUGUUCUUGUUCUAAAUUUACAUUUUAAUUUUAUAGAUUAUUUUUAAUAAGUAAUCUAAAAUUUCUCAGAUCAGCCUACCUUGCCAUAUCCCCAGUCAUACCCCUAAAAUAAAAUUGCCUCUCAUGAUGUAUUACUUUACAGAAAGGGUAGUGGAUGCAUGGAAUAGCCCUCCAGCUGAAGUGGUAGAGGUUAACACAGGGAGGGAGUUUUAGCAAGCGUGGGAUAGGCAUAAGGCUAUCCUAACUAUAAGAUAAGGCUAGGGACUAAUAAAAGUAUUUAGAAAAUUGGCCAGACUAGAUGGGCCGAAUGGUUCUUAUCUACCAUCACGUUCUAUGUUUCUAUGUUUCUCUCUGUCUAUUCAAAAUAUUGAGUUGUAGGCAAUUCUCACAUGCCACUGACACUGAGAGUUAAUAGCUGGAGGGAUAAGAGACAAGUAGAUCAUACUACAUUCAAAGAAUGCAUAUUACUUCUGUUUAAAAACAAUACAGAAAUCAGCUAUUUCUCGCUUAUCUUGAACAGGAAAUAACAUUGCAAGGAUUGUUCUCAAAGCUUAAUGACUCAUUUACAUUAACUAAUUGUUCUGUUAAUUGAUAAACUAUCCUGAUUAGAUAUGAGUUUAUGAGAUUGGAAGUGCUUUGCUAAUCAUUGUCCUGUUUACAAACAGCAAGGACUGUGUGUUAUAAAAUCUAUCCGAAUAAUCUUUCACUAUUACAAGGAUUUAUUGGUUUCAUUGACAUUCUACUUAAUACAAUGGACUCAAACAAUCCCUUUUAAUCCUUUUACAGUCAGUGGUGUGCUCAACGCAUUUAAAAGUACACAUUUGGCAUACAAUUGGUUCAACCUCUAUUUUGGGUUAAUGAACGGAUGGGGGUCCAUUCAAUGACACUAAUAAAGAUCGUAUCCUUAAUGAUGUUAGCAAAGUAUGCUAUAUGAAACCAUUAGCACCCAUGAGGUUUAUUUAGAUGUCAAAAAGAAAAUGUAUUGAACUGAAAAUCAAAUUGCAAAAUCUAGACUAAACUAACCAAUCUGUGAAAAUUUGGGAGAAAACUGUGAGAUUUUUUUUUUAAAAUAAGCUCUUUGCUAACAUUUUGCAGUUUUCUUUUCCCCUAUGUGUUACAUUGUAACAUCUGUAAGCAAAACCGGUUUUAUCGUACAAUAUAUUUACAAAUCACGCCGUGUUAAUCACCCUCUGUAUGUGUUUUUUUAGAGUGUUGCUAAGCACAUUCCUUUUUUUUUUUAUUUUUUUUUUUAAAGGAUUUUAUUCUGGAACAUUACAGUGAAGACGGAUCUGAUUAUGAGAAUGAGUUAGCGGACCUUAUGGAUCUCAGACAGGUAGUGACCAUGUGUUUGUGAACUGUAAAGUCCGGGGCUAAAGUGCAAUAAAUCACUUUAUGGGAUUUGGUUGAUUUUUAAGCCUGCAUGAUUGUGCCUUGAGUCUUAUCUAAACAAGUGUUUAAAGGGACAUUGUAGGCACUGUAACUGCAUCAUCUCAUUUCCUCUGGUGCUGUCCAUUUUGUUCUUUUUUUUUUUUCUAAAUUCUAUAUUUAAUAUUUUUAGUUUCAUAGAAUGAUAAAUAGUACAGUCAUAUCCAGUUUACACGUGUAUGCUGUUCGUUUACAAGCUAGUGAGUAAAUAUACCGCACAACAUGGGUAACGCAUAGAUACAAGAUACGAUAUACCAUGGUAAGUUGUCAAUUGGAAAAUUAGUUACAGACAAAAGAGAAACAAUUUUGAAAACAAAGUGAGAACUGCUUCACGUUCUCCUCAUAAUAUAGCGCAAUGGAGGUGUAAACUUAUCAAACUUGUUGGGAAUGUUGGAGUUUGAAAUGGUUAAUCAGUGUUUUUAAUGGUUUCAAGCCCCAUUCCUUCUGUGCUGCUUGAGUAAUGAGAAAGUAUUACCCUGAGCAGCAAUGGGGGCGGCUGUGAUUGGCUGAGAUCACUUUCAGCCUAUCACAGUCCCCAUUGCUGGUAUAAAAUGGUAUGGCUAGAAGGAAGGGUGUAACCUCUGCUUUAGCCACACCUCCUGUGCGGGCGGGACUGUGAGUGGCCAGGGAUCCACUUUCAGAGUUAAACUGCUUGAAAACGGUUUAAUAUUGAAAGCAGGGACUCCACGCACUACAGCCAAUUCAAUUAGAUGAAAUGGUUAUAAUGCCCACAGUGUCCCUUUAAAGCGUCACUGUCACCGACAGUUAAAUAAUAUAUACAUAUACAUAAAGGCAUACAGCUGUGCUUCACGUGCAUCUAGUAAACACAGACACCUUUAACAAAGAGCAGUACAUUAUACACACUCAUGCUGUAGGCCAGUAAUGGCUAACUUUAGCAUCCCUGAAGGCUUCCUGAGCAUCAUGGGAAAUUCAGAUCAUAGGCAGAGGUGGACGCAUAGCGUGAUGUGUGUAGAAUUUGCAGUUUUCCAAGUAAUUAUUGUGCUGGUUAUAUUUAUUCUGAUGAAUAUCAAAGCUGUUUUGAUCACGCCUGCAGCUCUAGAUUUGUUAUCUUCACAUUUUCGUUAGAAAUAUUGAUGUGAGUUUUUGCAAUCCGAUCUUAUGAUCUAUUUACAUAAACAUGCCCUGCUAUAUGUAUUUUACCUGCCGGCUGAAAAGCGUAUCAAAGGAAGAAUAAUCCGAGUUCGUUACCAGAGCAUUAAACCGAAAUGUAUUGCUUGCGUUUCCAAAAUAUGCCAUAUUUCUUAGAUUUGGAAUUCUGUAACCUUUGUAUCCCAUGAUGAGAUCAUGCUAGCUUAACGAUCAUUGCUUAAAAUGGUCUUUGAACCCAGCAAUGUGUCCAAGUCAAAGUGUGAAAUACAUUAAGCAUAAAGAAACAAACAAUCUGCUCAUUUUUAAUGCUGUCAGUGCCUGUAACAGUUAGACAAGUCAGCUGCUGUUUGUAGUGUUGCCGGCAGACUGUCUUACAGAUUGGACAAUGAAGUUUGGACCUCACAGACCUCAUUAAAAUGUUAUAGAUCAUUAUGUGGCGAGUGCAAAUUUAGUCCUAGAGUAGAAAUUAACCCCGUGGUAGUAUGCAAUGGAUUGUAGUGGUGAGCAAAUUUUUAAGUGUGUGUCAGUAGAUUGGAUUUGAAAAUGUCUUCUUUAUAUGUUAUUACACGAUAAGUCGAUGUGUAGUAGAGGCAUCUUCACGUUUGUUGUUUUUCUAUCCUCCUAGGCAUGUCGGACCCCUACCCGAGAUGAUGCUGGUGUUGAUCUACUUGUGGGUUACUUCCAGCAGCUCGGAUUUAUUGAGAACCGAUUUUUCCCACCAUCACGGAAUAUGGGAGUAAUAUUCACAUGGUAAGCAUUGGUAACACAUUUUCUUAGCUAAUGAUAUAUUUUGCAUAGUUAUACUGGUUUAAUGAUACGUAUGCCAAAUAUCAGAGUAUCGCAGUAUCUUAUAAUACCUUUUAUUAUCGGAUUAACAGAAUGUUCCUUGGGGUCCACGCCGAGAAGCUGGCUGUGCCAGAAAAUUUCUGUUAGCCUAAAUAAAAUAACAUUAGAAAUUGUAUUUUCAUAGGAAAAUAAAACAUGGGCAAAAUCCAGGUAACAGGUUAAUAGUAUCUAGAUUUGAGGAUGUACUUGAAAACAAAUGAAAGGUAAAUAUGUCCUGCUUGGUUAAAUAUUUAGAUAUUAUUCUUGUGCAGUACACUUCCUGGGCUGGAAACCAUCUGGGUCCGAUUUAAGUUUCCUAUUGCUUUGGUUUUGGAAGGAAGGAUGAAAAUUUAUAUUGGAAAUAUCUGCCAUCCCCUGCAGAUUUAGGAACUUCUAAAUUAACAAAUUUUAAUUUAAAGGGACACUCCAGGCACCCAGACCACUUCUGCCCAUUGGAGUGGUCUGGGUGCCAACUCCCACUAUUCUUAACCCUGCAAGUGUAAUUAUUGCAGUUUCUUAUAAACUGCAAUAAUUACCUUGCAGGGUUUUCUCCACCUCUAGUGGCUGUCUACUAGACAUCCACUAGAGGGCACUUCCUGCUCUAUAGCACAGAAAACCUGUGCUAGAGCGUCGCUGGACGUCCUCACGCUAUGUCAGGACCUCCAGCGUUGCUCAAUUUCCCAUAGGAAAGCAUUGAAAAGCAUUUUCAAUACUUUCCUAUGGAGAGCUCUAAUGCGUAUGCACGGCUUUGCCGCGCAUGCGCAUUAGGUCUCCGCCGGCGGGUGGGAUCAGUCUCGCCCACCGGCCGACAUAAUGAAGAGGAGGAGCGGCGGCAACCCGACACCACUGCCGAGGGACAGGGGCAGGGGUCUCAGGUAAGUGACUGAAGGGGUUUUCACCCCUUAAGCAACCGGGGAUUGGGAGGUGGGAGGGAGAGGGGACCUGCAGUGCCUGGAAAACGGAUUGUUUUCCUGGCACUGGAGAGUCCCUUUAAGGCUUUGCAUGUUGGGGUUUUUAAAAAUAAAUAAAUGUAUUAUUAGCUCAGUGCCCCAAAGUGCAACUCACACCAGAUUCGUAGGUGCAUUUUUAAUUUUUUUUAAAUCUGGAUUAUACUUGGAUUGCUCUACCUUGAAGUCGAUAUAAACUUAUUUUUAGGGUUUGCACAACAGUAACCAACCUCAUGCUGAUGAUUUGCAUUAACAAUGAAACAGCUGUCCAUGAGUGCUUCACAUGCAUCGUUUCCUAAGUUGUUUCAAAGCUGUUGUAUACAGCAAACACAGACUCAAAGGAAUCCAUGUUUAAAAUAGAAUGAGGCAAAAAUGUGAUUAUUUGUUAAAGUAAUUUGCAUACGCCUACCCAGAAUCCUUUGCGUUAGUAACAUCACCUCAGAUUUGUGGUUUCUGUGGGAAAAAGCAAGUCUUUUUGUUUAACAUUGUAUUGACUAUAUAUAUUUUUAUUUAUUUUUUUUGUGCUAAAACAUUGCGAUUUAGUGUAGAAUGGAAGGACCAUGCCAGGGGACUCCAGACACUAUAACCAUUUCAAUGAGAUGAAGCAGUUAUGGUGACUACAGUGUCCCUUUAACCGUCACGUAAUAAAACAAAGAAAAUGUCUGUGACGGCCAAUUCAAUAUUGUUUAAGAAUGAGCAAUAGCAGUGCCUCUGUAUUCUAGGUGAUGGGGGUUAAAUAUGUACCCCUUUUUAAUGUAGCCAUCUGUUUGCUUUGCAGGUAUGAUUCAUUCACCGGGGUGCCUGUUAGCCAGCCAAACAUCUCAUUGGAGAAGGCCAGCAUUGUAUUUAACAUCGCAGCCCUGUAUACUCAAAUUGGAACACGCUGUAACCGACAGACGAAGGACGGACUGGAAAAUGCCAUCAGUGCAUUUAAAAGAGCUGCAGGUACUCUUCCUACUGUAGACCUUAAUCAUGAAAGUAUUGUGAUGUCUGAAUGAACUGUAUCUGUGCAUGAAUUUUAAUUCAAGCCCGGGCUCUAUAUGUUUUAACACAUACACGUCUUUCAGAUCCAUCAGCAAUCUGAUUUUCAAAAUGCCUGUAUCAGUGAGGUUUUUUUUUUUUCCUGUAAAUUAGGAUUUAUGUAAGAAUGGACAGUGAUGUAUUAGGCCAAAGUAGCUGAUUUUGACAUGUGUUUUCUAUACCGCUCAGUUAGUAUGGCUUACAGUUUGCAGUUCCCUUGCCAGUUCUCUCCAAUUCCCCAUUUUUUUUUUAUGUAGCAGUUAUUUGGUGAUUUCCAUUGCACGUAGUUUUCUAUAAAGGUGUGUUCUCAUUUCUCUGAACCUUUGGGUGAAUGAUUAACUUAUUCUGUUUGGGUUGGGUUGUUAGCAAGUCAAGUAACCAACACAAACUUCUGUUAUUGGAAAAUUCUACCUGCGAGACGCAAAUGCGAUUUCUAUAUCUCCGCUCCAUCCAGCUAGUGGGUCAUCACAAACAAAGCAAGCGCAAAAUACUUGGAAACAGGACAUCUGGGCUUCCAUUUCUCCAUGUUCCAUACCAUGAUUACUGAGAACAACUUGUACUGUUUGACUUUGCAGACGUUUCCUCCAGAGUACUGCUUUGCGCAUUUGCAUAACAUAGUUAAAGGAUUACAUCAUAUAUAAACUGGCAAAAAAUAAAUAAAAAAUUAAUAUAUUUGAAGGUGCAGUCUAGGUGAUAAUGUCCUUCACAGUACAAUAAAAGUAUACUUUAUAAUUAAUAUGAUUUAACCCCUUAAGGACACAUGACGGAAAUAUUCCUUCAUGAUUCCAUUUUAUUUCAGAAGUUGUGUCCUUAAGGGGUUAAAGUGGUUUUUAUUAUUAUUAUUAUUAUUAUGGACGCGUCUUGUUUUUCUUUGCUACAAAAUAAUUUACCACUUAAGGACUUAUGAUAUUUCAUGCCAUCCUCACAAUCUGGUCCUUAGAGAUCCUGUGCAAGGUCCCUUUUGGGGUGCACUGCUUGGUGUAACAAAAGGCUCUGCCUUUAGUAGAAUGAGAGUUAUUACGGGAGGGGGGAGGUUAGGCAGACUAUAUUUAUGUUAUCGGCUGCUUUAUUUGCAGUGGUAGCUGAGUGUUUUAUGUCCCACUUUUGUUGCUUGCCUCUAGUUAAUGAUUAUAGAUGUGUGAACUGUGUAUUGUUGUUUUACUUCUAACCUCUUUCUGUAAGCCAUCGAGCUUGGCCGUUGUCACCCCUGCACUGCAUUUAGUAAUAGUAUGGGUUAAAGGGUACAAGUUGGGAUUUUAUAAUAAUAAAAAAUAAAAUAAUGAAAUUCUACUUUAUACAUUUGUUCCUAUCAAAUCUGUAGUAAAGAGGAUAACAUUAUUAUAGAUGCACGCCGUACACUUAGACAAAUCCCUUGAACAUAUGUGUAUGUUUGCGUUUGUUUUAGAGAUAGUUUAAGCCCACUGCUUGUGUUUUGUUACUCUCCAUAAUUGGACAGAUUUGUUUAGAUAACUGGGAGCUGAGGUUAGCUCCAAGUGACUAUAGACCCUGGUUUGAGAAAAACUGGAAGAACAUCACCCAAAGACUCCAUACAAAAUAAUUACCACUUGAAACUGCAGUGAUUAUGGUGCUGGGGUGUCUCUUUAAAUGUUUAUUUUGAACACUUUUGAUUUGCCUUUCCUAGCAUCUAAUUAAACCGUUUAUCUUCUUUAUAUGCCUAAGGGGCUCCCAAAUCCUAAAAGUACUUAGCAAACCCUGAUUCAGACAAAAAAAGUAUUGGCCAAAAUCUUCCAUCUCCUGUUUGUUUGUUUCAUUGAAAGAUAAUCUGGAAAAUAGAAUUUACCAAGCUUUAUAGGCUUCUUGCUAGGGUGGGGGUAAAAAACUUCUAGGAUGUAAAGGGCCUGGGGCCUUAAUUAGAUUUUGUAACCGAGGUCAGUGUACUUAAAUAGAUAGGGUGGACCUUAAGCUGUACAAACCCAAAUAGGCACACUCAGAGUUAAUGCUAUACAGACUAAUUUCCUCAUACGUGUAUACUAAGGCUUUAUUCUGUUCCUUUUUCAGGUGUACUCAGCUAUCUGAAGGAGACGUUCACCCAUACCCCAAGCUAUGACCUGAGUCCAGCCAUGUUGGGAGCUCUCAUCAAAUUGCUUUUGGCUGAAGCCCAUGAAUGCUACUUUGAGAAAAUGAUCUUAUCUGGGAUCCAGAAUGAAUUCUGCACGCUGGCAAAGGUGGCACAUGAGUCCGCUAAGGUAUGUUACUUUAUUACGUACAGAUGUCAUUUUUAUGUAUUGUAAAGGAAUAAUUUGCUGACAACUUCAAAAGUAUGAACAAAAAAAAUAUAAAUUUUAGAUUUGGAGUGAGUGGGCAAUAUGACACGUGUGCAUACCCAUUAAAGUCUGUUAUAAUGACUCAUAUAAGGACCUGAGAAUUGCCGUGCAGUUUAAUAAAAUGUAUUUUAACACCUAGUCCAACUUCUAAAAGGGAAGCUAUCACUUCUCUGGAAAUUACACAUUUGAAUAAAACAUUAUAUAAUUUGUGUUAACCAUUUUUUUGUUUUUCACAUGAUUCUGUUUUUUUUUUCAAAUGUGUAUUGCCAAUUUAGUAACUGACUUCACAAUCCAGUUCAGUCCUGGCACAGCCAAGGCACAUGUUGUAUUGUUGAGGGAGAAAUAGAAACAUUGUUUCUUUUUCUUCUUCUCAUCUUUCUGUGCUGACUGCCAGGUGGAAAGGGCGUGGCUUAUAACAGGGAGCCAAGAUGGAGGCACCCAGUUCCAAGACCGAGGUAAAUGUAGCAGUGUGGAUUUCUACAUUUCAUUUUAAUUUUGAGACCUCGCAAACACACAUGUAUUACACAUAGUGUUAAGUAAAGAGAAUUUGAAACAUUCUUGGCAGUUUUAUUUCAAAUAGCGCUUGGAUUCUCUGUUAUAACAAUUUCAGCAUCGCUCAUCCUAAGAGAUCAGAAAUUGCAGUUCCAGAUUUUAUUUUUCCAUAAAAAAAAAAAAAAAAAAAAUUGGUUGUCAUCUGUACUGGAACUCCAAUGCAGAAAGAAAACAAUGAAUUAUGUAUUAUAGGCGAUCUAUACCUUUUUGCUUAUGUGUGUUAUAUUUAGAAUAUUUGUUUAAUUUUUUCCAGGUCAGCCAGGUCCACAGCCAAGUCUUCAAUGCAAUGAUCCAAGCACCAAUAAAAGAGAACGUCCCAUAUUCAUGGUCGGUCAUGGUCCAGGUGAAGGCAGAACAUUACAAAGCCCUAGCACAGUACUUUGUGUCCAUCAUGCUCAUCGACCACCAGUGUGAGUGGGAGCUAUGUAUUAAUGAACCCAUACUAACGUACUGACUUGUCAAUAAUGAUCAGCUAUGGGAUUUCUCAACUAAACAGCGAAUUACAGUGAAUUACAAAAUAGCAACAUUUGGGACAAAAUAGAUCAAUGGGAACAUUCUCCCACUUCCUGGUUAUUUUAUUAUUUAUGUUUGAUUUCAAUCCACCGUGGUUCACUGUUUAGUGCACAAACCCCUAUGUGUUGUAUAAAACUUGACCUCUUUUGUCUUAUCUAUUCUAAAUGGAUGUAUAGCAGCUGUUUGAAGAUAAGAUGUGUAUAAUUUAAAGUCUCCUUUUUGGAUCCCAUUCACAGUGAAUUUGACUGAUGAUGAGGAUAAGCAGGAGAAAUGCCUGUCCCAACUCUAUGACUCGAUGCCCGAAGGACUGACCGCUCAGACCAUAUUGAAGGACAGACUGCAGCGGACACAGCUAGGUAAAUUCCUUUUGAAUAGUAACUCUAUUCAACCCCUUUUUAAAGGGGCAUGGCGGAGUAACCUGUGUUCCGAGGCACUCCUUUGUCCCUGCAUUCAAACCUGAAAUAAUUACAGCUGCUGCAAUUUGCAGGUGUAAUCCCUCGCCUUCUAUUCAUGACAUUACGAGGAACGUAAUGCUGUACCUUACUGCAUGUACACACGUUACAGGUCCCUAGCAACUUGUACCGGCUCUCAUCAAUUUCUGCAAGAUAAUCUGUGCUGUAACCGCUCUAUGGCAAUAGCAUUGUUGAGUAGUUUCAGUCAUGGUAAAAGGAAUGAAGCUCCUUGGAGCUGCUAAUGGACAGGUCACAUAAGCUCCUAUAUGCUUUUUACGGGUAAUACUUUACUUUUCUUUGUUUUAUCUCGGUUCAUUAUCUCCAUUAUAUGGAACGUGCAGUAGAAAUGAUUCAUUGUUCCUAGUGGAAAAGAAUUCACAAUGUUUUUCAGACAGGUUGGUCUUGCAAGCUCCCCGAACACUCCCUUUUAUUCUGCACAUAGCUCACAUUCCUGUUUGUCCCGUGACAACAGCAAUACAAAAAUCACUAAUAACAAGUCAAGCAGUGAAACCUCACGCACGUACACAGCAACAUUUUAUUAAAUACCUUUUCUUUUUUUAAACUUUUUUUUAUUACAUUAACCCCUCUAUAUCUGCAGACCUUGAGUGCAUUAAGGUUUAUUGUAAUAUUUAGGGGUCAUUUCUCUGACUGCUUUACGGCCCAUUGACCUUUAUCACCCCCGGAUUCAGACCUUGCAAUUCUAUUGUUUGACACAAUGCAGUAAGAUACUAAUUUGCUAGUAUUAUCCAGCAGGCUUUUUUAAGAUCCCAGCUGGGUACACAGCUGGGUAAUUAAAGAAAAUGUGCAUCAGUUAAAAACGUUCAGGGUUAUUAACUAAACCAUAUAUUGUCAGAAAUUUGUCAGGAAGUAGCAAAUUUAAUUCCAAGAUAGCUGAGAUUACUUUAUGAAUUAACUCAAAUUAAAGGGACACUCCAAUGCCCAAAUACAAAAUGAAUUUUUAAAAAUCACUGUUUUAAAGAUAUACCCCAAAUGAAAACGUUCAUGCAUUUAUUUUAUGCGUUUUUCCAUUGGGGCUAUAUCAAAAAACAGCUUGCAAAACCUGCAGGUCUGUUGUCUGCUGCCUUGACAAACCCUCCUUUUCUAACCCCAGCCAGACUUUCUGUGGCUGUCCAAUUACAGACUUCCCAAGGUGCUCUCAACUGUUGCUGUCUCUUGAGUUCAGCACACAUGAGCUAAAGAAACCAGGAAGUAAAAUGACCGGUUGUCUGAUUAAAAGCAGGGGGAGGGCGGGUGUAACCAGUAUUAUUUAUAAAAGUGUAAAUUUCUAUUGAAAUCUGCUCUUUUUCAAAAAUGAAAAAAGAGGGGGCACUCUUCACACGUAAAGCUUUUCAGUAAGCUAAAGUUGUUUAGGGGUCUGGAGUGUCCCUUUAACAUUUUUUACUUGAAACUUAAAUUUUCCUAGUCAGUUCCCAACAACCCCCAGUUUAGUGAUUAACCUCCUAAGUGCCGGUGAGUGAGCAUUGCUUUUCUAUGAACAUCCUUCAGAGCUGGAUAGAGUCGCCGAGUCGGGAUCUAUUAACUAUAAUCCAUGUUUAAACUAGAGCUAAAAUCUGGUUCUCUUUACCCUGCAGGGAAGGCACACCUGGCUAAAGCUAUUGCAAGCCACGAAGAGGCUAUCCGCUUAUCCAACCUUUGUAGCAAGCUGAGGAAUAUCGAUGUCCUCCAGGAAGUUCUGUGUGCAUUCAACAAGAGAUCCCAGCUUAAAUUCUCUCAGCAUCAGAGGACGGAUGAUUUCCUCAAUUUACUCACAGCUCCUGAUAUUGUUGGUAAGUACCGUAGACUGAUUUAAAUCUACCGAGCCUGUUUAGAUCAUAAAUGUACCUCUUAUAGUAAUAUAGAGACGUAUAUAUGCAAUGUUUCCCCAGUGCUGUAAAUGCCCAGUUUGCUGUAGAAUUUAAGUGUAUUCUAGACCUCCGCCUAUACAUAUUGUCUAAUGGGUCACAGUAUCAACGUACAAACAAAUGGUAGCUCACCAGCUCCUGUGUAACUAUAUUUCCCAUGGUACUAAGAAAAAAAAAAAAAGCUUUUGCUAGACGUGAUAAAAUUGUGACAUCUACUGGCAUGAUAUGGAACUGCUCUCAAUGAAAAUCAUUCUUUCGAAACCAAUUAUUUACUCAUGUAAGUAGGCAUGCUAGUGUGAAAAACUGUUGAUCUAAGGAAAAUUAUACUUGUAUUACACAAUAAGAAUUUUAUUACAUGGCUACAAUAUAAAAAAAUAUAUAUAUAUUUUAUUUAUUCUAAAUAAUCACACCUUUCUUAUUUGUCAAAAUAAGCCAAUAAAACAGGUUAAUUCUUCUGCACUUACCAUUUUCACUCCUUGAAAAUCCCCCACAAAAAUUGAUAUAGCUGAUACAGAAUUUGCUUAGGAGUUGGGAGUUUGAUGUUUGUUCAUUUUGUUGAAAUAUGUGCCCCUGUAUGACACAGGAUCCCCCUGUUUUUAUAAACAUAACAUCCCGUGGCCAAUAAAAAGAAAGUGGUCCAGCAGUAACUACAGCAUAACAUGGGUUUCUUAUGGUGAUUAUUAUUGAUUUUAAAACGUGAGUUUUUUUUUUGUUUUUUUCCUUACAGUUCUCUUUAUAACCUGUAUUUUUUUUAUCCCCCAGGUAAGACAGAAUAUAAAGCAGAAAGCAUUCCUCCUCAACUGUCGAGAGUGAAAGUAGUGGACAUUUUUCAGAGACUGGUAUGUUUUACAGGCAAAUUUUCACUAUUAUAUAAUAAUCUUUUGUUAAAGAAAUAGUGUAAGUUGAGCUGUUUUGUGCAGAUCCUCAAAAUAACCUGCUCAAUACCCAAUUACACCAACCAAACCAGGCACCCAUACUAUUCUCUAAACCUGGCACCACUCGCAGUGUCACUAAACCAGGCACCCAGGGCUACACUAUACCAUUCUUUAAACAAUGCCCAAUUACAUCAACUAAACUAGGCACCCGUAGCAAUCACCUUGGCUACCCUCUAACCUAGAUAUCCUGCACAAUGUCCAAUUAUCUAAACUAAAACAGGCCUCCAGUACGAUGCCACAUCGCAUCCUGUAACUUUAAUGAUGUAUCAUGUUCGUUAAGAAAACUUCUACCACCUUCAGGGUCCGCUGUCAGCGUUUUCAGCAAAGCAGAGGUGGUCAGCUCCCAGGAAGAUCCAUUUGACGACUGAAGACGGGGACUUGGGAUUUGUCUUACGAGGGGACUGCCCUGUGCAAGUGACAGCCAUCGAUCCACUCUGCCCGGCAGCAGUAAGUACAUUUACUUUCUAAAAUAAGCUAUUUGUGUGAUAAUAUAGAAAUUGCCCUAUUAGCUUCUCAUUCUGGUAGUGCAAUCAGAAUCUAAACUAAUUUCCUCUAGUUUUUAACUUGAUUGAAGGCUGUGAUCAGUCAGCACUCCAGAUUACGUAAAGAGAGGCAUGAGCACAUAAGCCAUGGAAAUUUAUUUCUGAGAUUGUCCAAUUUCCACUAGGAAGAAAAGCCCAAGUUAAAUCCGGUUUACAUCUGCGAAACAACAUGAUAACAGGACACACUAGGAAACUAUAUACAAAGAAAUAUGAAAAUUAUUUGAUUGUUUGUGAAAAUAACUAUUAUUGAUCUGUUUUUAAUGUGGAUUGGCAUAGACACAUCAAUGUAUCUGUGUAAGAAGGACAUAUUAUAUUAUUAGUGGGGAAUUCCAUUUCAUGGAUCUAUAGUGUAGUGUGUCUGAAGGGCUGUUUGGUAAGAAUGAUCAUAAAUAAUACGCAGCCUUCUAAUUCCCUAAAUUCAGUUAGUAGACUGCCAAUAAGCAUUGAAUUGCUGCCUGUUGUAAUAAUGAUUAUGUUCCCGGACUUUCUGCUGUUAAAUCCUUCAUUCAGUCAAGGCCUCACAUUUAUUCAAUAAAGAGUAACCGUAGGGAACACAAAAAGAAAUUCAAAGAGAAUUAAAAAUUUGAGGCCAAUAUAGCCAAAUUGAAAAAUUCUUUGAAGUCAGCUAUGUUUCCAAUUUGAUUAUUUUGGCCUAAAACAUGACAUUAAUUUUGAAUUGCCAACAAUUCACACUCUAAUAGUGAUGGUGCCGGGAGUCUGCAUGUGCAAUGUUUCGCUGUGAAAUGCUGCACAUACAGAGUUUAACCCCAUUGCUGCCACCGAUGUAACUCCACCUCCGACAGAAUCAUUGGGUGAUUAGCCAGCGCUAAACAAGGAUUCUGGGCUGGCUAAUGUCAAUCCUGUGUAUAUUGGACGUCUGUUGUCAGCACACACAGGUGUCCAGUUAUGGCACGUUACCCCUCUCCAUGCCGCCAAUGUCCUCUCCUCAGCCGACCUCUUCCUACAUUCUUCACCCGGCAGCUAAUAGGAGUGACCGCAGCGGAUAAUUGGGCUGAGGGAAGACGUGGCCUUGGAGGUGGAGUUGGGUAAGGUUAUGUUUUUUUUUCUUGUUUGUUUUAAGUUUUUUUUAUUUUUUUAUUUCAGUAACCCUUUAAGACACACACUGACUGUUUACCAGAUAUGUUAAACCCACUGUGACCCAUAGAGUGUAAGUGUAGACCGAUACACCGUGGACUGUCAAUGACCUACAUUCUAUUAACUUGCAGAGAGAAGGUUUGAAAGAAGGAGAUUACAUUGUAUCCGUAAACGGCAAGGACUGCAAGUGGCGGAGUGUAAACGAGGUCAUGGGUAUGAUUAACGCAGCCAACGCAGAUGUUGACGUUCAGGCCGUCAGCCUACAGGAGUCAACGUCGAGUAUUGUGAGUAUCAUUUUAGUGCAUUCAGCUGUGGUUAGUGCUGCGAUGAACUGUGUGGGUGAUGUUUCUAGAUAUCCACCCGGGAUGUUUAACAGAGCGUGUAUAUGUAUUGGGUCGGUAUGUGUGUCUUCAUGUUUAUAUUAAUCGAGAGAGAAUUAGUAUUUUAAUCUGUGUUGUGGGUUGGAACAGAGGGGUACCAAUAAAGGGCUUGAUUACCACAGCAAGUGGCCAAUCGGAAGGAUGAUUAGAAUAGCAAGCAGCCAAUGGGAGGCAUGAUUAGAAUAGCAAGCAGCCAAUGGGAGGCAUGCAGGGAUUCACACUAGCUGCAUAUUUUACUUGUACUGAGUUUAAAAUCACUAAUUUUAGGUAACAUCCCCUGUAGGCUUUACCAAAGCCACCAAGAGCAGUUAUUCCUGCGUGCGUAAUAAGUUUUAUUUUUCGCAUAUUUUGACUAAACAUUUUAUAGAAUGAACAUGCUUAGGUAAAACAUACAACAGAGUUAUUCACUAAAGUGAGACUUCAAAGAGAAUUUCGAAUUUUGCCAAAACUAGCUGAACCAGAAGCUUAGUUGUUUUUAGGGAAUUUUUCCAGUUUGUAAAUUUGAAAUUCACUUUGAUUUCUUAUUCUAGUGAUUAACCCAGUAAGUUAGUCGUCAUAUGUUAAAAAACAUUCAAUUCAAACUUUUACUGAGGUUUGAGAGAAGAGAAAUAGAACAAGAAGUCACAGAAACAAGUAUAUAUACAUACCUCCUAAUGUGAGCUAUGGAUCUGGUAUGGGAGGGCUCGGUGAGCCAAAGCGGUAGAGACUGGCCCACCCGCUAACUGGUCUGACCAAAAAAGUAGGGUGAUUGACAGCUUGUCUGACUGGCCCACUCAUAUGCAUAGCUUUCCUGGAAACGUGUUAUUUUUCUCUACAUUGCAUGAGUACAUCUUAUAACGCCCUCACACUAUAGUAAUUGGGGACAAUUCACUGGAGUCCCCUGAUGCAGAUGAUGCUCCCAUUGUCUGACAAUGUAAAACAUUGCCUUUUCCUGAGAAACGGUAAUAUUUUCAUUUUGCCAAAAACACACAUUUAGUGGCCGUCAAGCAGACUGCUUCAAGAGCUGCUUCCUCCUUAGGAUACUAUGAUUUUUAAAAGUCUUCAUGUUCAUGCCAUGCUUGAUAUACUUAGUUAAUGCUUCUCAUUUGAUUACCAUUGCAUUAAACACUUUCAUAGAGAGGCACUGGAUUGGUGAAUUCCAUCAAUUUCUCUGCAGGAGCUAUCUGUUGUCGAUGGCUCUCUAUGAGAAGGUUUUGAUUGGACAGAGAUUAUUGGUUGAUGAUCUCACUGUGGGAGGUUAGGCUGUUCUAUGGUCUAAAUCAGUGUUGGAUGGAUGUCAUUGGAGCAGCCAGGUCAUUGUUUGAUGUUUGGUUUUUUUAUACACGUGGUCUAAUUUGAUAGUUUUUUGUUAUUCCUACAGCACAAUAAGAGCGCCACUUAUUACGCCGGCAUGCAAAAAACAUAUUCCAUGAUCUGCCUGUCCAUGGACGACGAUAAGGCCAAGACACAAAAGGCCACAAAGAAACCAUCCUUCCUAAGCUGGGGAUUUAAAAACCGACAGAAAGCCGCAAGCACGCUCUGCCUGCCAACGGCAACAGCAGGAAAGACACCGACAAACCAGCUCUUCCUCUCGCCAUACAACACUUUAGGAAGUGAAAGUGCAAUGUACUAAGGAAUUCUUAGCUGCAAAUCCAAUUUAUUCCAAGGACAUAAAAAAACUAAAUAAGCAAACACUGUGAUGGUUCUAUGAACUCCUCUGAGCUGUGAGAUACUCCGAAACUGCGAAAAAAAAAAAUCUCUUAUGGGAAUUUUAUUUCUUAAAACGUAAUAUUCUAUAAGUAUUACAUUAUAGGAAUAUUGCCAGCAAACUUUACUGCAAAACACACACACGCACGGUGACUGCCCACUUAUCAAACCACCAGAAGAAUUAUUCUUUAUGUCAUACUAUGUGAUGUUGGAAAAACAAAAAGCAUAAAAGAAGUGUAAAUAUAUUUUACCUUUUAUUUUAUUUUUUUUAAGACUUUAAAAUAUAUUUUUCAAAGUUAUAGUUUAUCAUGUUGUGGUACUAAAACAAUUCCUUUACAAAUCGUGAAUAAAGGAGUUAUUUUGGGUUUGGAAGCUCAAAUAAUAAAACUCGAUAUUUUUUCCAUUUCUACCAACUUCUAAAUAAUAAAUAUUUGGAAAUGGCUGCCCCAUACUUCAUAAUGCACAAGGUGUAGACAGUUUAGUUGAAAUAGCCCAACCCCUUAAUCCACAAAUAACUGAAAAUAGAAACUCCUCUAAGUAAUUGAUGUUACUUAUUUAGAAAUGUUUCUUGGUUGCUACAAAAUAGCAAAAAUUAUAUAAAAACACACAAAACCGUAAAAUUCAGAUUCCACUGAAAAUAGUUUUUGUUUUUUUAAAUCUCUGAUCUGAAGUUAUUUUGCCUGCACUAUGUUCCUCUGCCUUUGCGAUUUAAAAAUGAUAAGAAUGUAAUCUUCAUAUCAAGCAUUCUGUAGCAGAUGGUUUAAUUUGUGCGUUUUAAACUUACACCCUAUAUGCUGGCAGGGCUAAAUUUGCAUCCCAGUUACCCUAUUUUGAUGGCGCUCAAAAUAAAAAAUAAAAAAGGAUUAAAUAAAAUACCAUUUGUAUAAAAAUGGUAAAAUAUGAGGCAUUUAAAUUUGCAUAAGAGUAAAAGCAAAAUUAGGAUUAAAUUAUGUUUAGUGUAAUAUAUGAUGUUUGAGAAAUGCCAAAUGGUUCCCGGUUUAUCUGGUUUCCAUGAGACUAGAUUUUAAUGUAAAAAUUCCAGCAUAAUGGAAAAAGCAAGUAAAUAUAUAAAAAAAAUAUUUACUGGUCCUUUUUAAGGGGUUGUAGGCAAUUAGCAGGAAGUGCAUAUAUUGGAAUAGGCGCACCAAUAAAUAAUGACAUUAAAUUAAGGGAAUUGUUUAGUGUGCAUUAUGGGAAAUGUGACAAUUGAUCCUUUUAGAAGAUACAGGAUAAUCUCUUCCUCCAGAUGCUGCUAUAGACUAAGUUGUGACGCUUAGGCUGUGCCUUUUCACAAUCGCUGCUGAAGACGAUUCAAGCUAUAAGGCAGCGAGCUGGGUUCAAAUGUCUGGAACAUUCACCACUCUCUUGUGCAAUGCUGAACUCACUGGCAUGCUAUAGCCUUCACAACGAAUGUUACUAUUGUUAAUAUUUAUAUGGAAUAUGUUAUUAAGGUAUUAUUGUUUAAUUAGACGUUGAUUAUUGUUGAUAAGUGCUAUGUAAGAAAAAGUAGCCAGCUCACUGUGUGCUUUAUGUUAACCUUCCCUUAGGAAAUACAACUAAAUUGGAAGAUAAGGGCAAAAUGAAUGUGUAAACCCCUUUACUGCCAGCAGGUAGUGCUAUGUACAGCUAUACAAACUGUCAGGAAAGGGGUCUAAGUGGAAUAUCAAUUGACUGACUGGGAUUUCACUCAUUUCCUACCGGUCACUAAAAAGGGCAGUGAUUGCUAACCUUGACACCAUAAAUUGUUUCUGGACUGCAUUUCCCUUGAUGCUCAGCUAGCUUUUAGAGUCAAAAAGCUAGCCGAGCAUCAUGGGAAAUGUAGUUCAGAAACAAUUUACGGUGUCAAGAUUAGCCAUCAAUGAAAAAGGGUGAUGGAACUUUUUCUAAAACAAGGUAUGUCUGAGCUACGUGUGUAUAUACUGGUUUAAAUAAAGUUUUUUUUGUUUGUUUUUUUAAUUAGUGUAUUUUUAACCCCUUAAGGACACAUGACGUGUGACAUGUCAUGAUUCCCUUUUAUUCCAGAAGUUUGGUCCUUAAGGGGUUAAAGUGCAUCUGUCACACAAAUAUGACAUAGUAUCACUUGAUAGUGCAUGAAAUGUAAUCUGUGCAUUGUAUUGUCUGUUAUUAUGGUACGGCUGAUUUUAAAGGUCUAGGCAAGACGGGAGCAUAUGAUGGGUUGCCCUACUUACCCUGCAGUAUGUAGCAAGCAACCUUAUGAUUAAAAAAAGAAAAUCAACUAACUGCAAUGUAUGACUUUAACAUGCUGCAGGGUAACACUUUUCAUGUGCUGUGUAUCUACGUGAAGAAACCAUUGUUUUCAAAGGGCAAGAUUCUGCAUUGAAUUUCUGCACAUUUUUCAGGAAUUAUGGGAUGCCUUACUUUGCAUUGUGGGUACGAAAACCCAGGCGUAAUUAAGUUUUGACACUUCACAUUUACUUUUUAUAUCAUGCCUUGGCAAGCUCUCAAGUCAUGAAGGAGUUCAAUGUACUCUGGUUUGUAAUCUUUGACAAAGUAAUUCAGAGGUUAAUGAUGCAGACAAUUACUGUUAAAUGCUAUGUGAACUGACAAACACAUUUCUGUGCAAGUUUAAUCCUACGACCUACUGAAGGACAACGGUAGCAAAAGUUAUUUUAUUUUAAUGUAUAUUUUUUUAUUUCAAGACGUUUUUCAGAAUGAACUUUAACUGUGCAAUAUUUAGAUUGUUGUUUAAGGGAGAGAUACAAUUAAUGAAGUAUUGUAAGCAGAGCACAUUUUGUGAACUGCAAGUUUAACUCCAAUAAAGGUUUAUUAAAGCAAACCGAGCACAUUUGUUUUGUUUAUAUUAACUUUCAGGUUUGAAACUUCUGAUGUCAGCCUUUGCUCCAGUAGGGCUGUUAAUUAUCCAAACAUGUUACUUGCUUAACACUCACACUGCCACACAUACAGGGUAUAAAGGACAGGGUUAUUAACUUAAGUAAAGUGAGAAUUAAACGUGAAUUUCAAA